CACUUUGCUAUGGAAUGUCUAAAUUAAAUAUUCAAACCAGGGGUUACGGAGGGCUGAAUUAGUCUUUAUGCUUCCUUUUCCAAUUUUAUUUAACCCUUUAAGUACCAGAGACAUGCGUUAACCCCUUUGCCCCUUGAAAUAGUAAAUCUAAACUGUGUUGUCUCAUUAAGGGAAUCAAGAGAGCGAUGUGAGUGUGUCCCCAAAGUGCGAAUCCCUUCCGUUGAAUGGCAGGCGGUGUGUGUGUCUCUGUGUGUAUGUCUGUGUGUGUGUGGUGGGUGCACAGUGCAGCAGUGUGACACUGAUGGAUGAGCCAAUGGUUAGACGGACAGAUGUUUGGGCGGAUCUAAAGCCAAUGCCAUAGCAGCAGAUAGAAGGAGAGAGGAAGACAGACAGAGAGGUGGGAGUCAGUGAGAGAGAAGGAUAGGCUGCAAAAACCCCACGAUUCUCGGAAUAUCACCUCAUCCUGAUAGACACCCUUUGGACGUGGACAUCAUUACCUCUGCAAAUCACACCUCGGCUUCUUCUGAUCCCCACAAUCUGCAGCUGUGACCAGGGGUUCUGAGCAAAACAGCUCAUACAAACUCACCAUUUUUCCUUGUCUGAUUUGCUAUUAUAUUUUUUUGGGGGGUGUUUCAAAUUCCCCCAGAGCAGAAUUUCCAGAGGACUUCAGGAAAACUGCCAUCCCUCAUUACAUCAGAUCCAGCAGCUUAGAGGAUCAAGCACUGAGGGAAAAAAGAAAAGAAAACAAAAACAACAUAAAGAAAAACCAAACAGCAAAAAAACUUCAAAGUUCUAAAAACACCAGUAUCCCUGCAAGUUGGUGUCCACACGAUCCUCUGGCUCUCAGUACAGGAUGUGAAGGAGCAAACAUCUGCCUCUUAAAAAGGUAUUUGGACAUAUCCCAGGUCCUGGAGGAUGGGGGCGGUAGGAGAUUUUUUGAUCUUGUAAAGAGAUCAUUCUCCUUUUUUAUAUUCUCUCUCUCUCCCUCUCUCUCUUCUCUGUAAACUCAAAAUAGGGGGUAAAAUGCUACUGGUAUCUGCUUCCCUUCUUUAAACAAGACAAGGCAACCUGGGACUUGAAAGGAAGCCUCUGAUUUGCUGUAGCUGUCAUGAAAUAUCUAUUAGCCUCACAAAGAAAGGGAGAAAAGAGUGCAAUUGGCAGCCAGGACGGUGUUUGGCAAUAGCCUGCAAUCCAUGUUCAGAGAGCUUUGAAACAUUGAGUCCAUCCCUCCCUUCUGAUGUUACAGGAUUGCAGCCAGGAAUGUGCAAUCGAGCCCAAAGUGAAUCGAUUUGCCAGAAGCUCAGCCUUGGGGUUUCCUUGCUGUAAACUUGGGACUGAAAGUGAUACAGUUUCUCGUCAGAUUGAAGUGAUCAGAGGAGUCCCCUAUGUCGUUGGACACCAGAAGUGAUCUGUUCUGAUUAAGAAAGCCUUGCAGGAUCCUAUAAGGAAGAGAUCUGGUGUUCCAGAUGUUUGAAACGUGAGAACAUACUUUGAUCUGGGACCAAGAAAGUAAAUCUCAGCAUUAAACACAGAAGCAAAACCUGUUACUCAACAAUAAAUACAACCUUAAAAGAGACAAAAGUAAAUUAAUAAAUCAUACAAUCAAAACAGAUAUAAAUAGGCAGUGUGUGCUGCUGACAGAUAAUUCCUGAUGCACCCCUGGGAGGAAAACAGAGAGGUACAAUUGAAACUCCUAACUCCUUUCCAGUAAGCCAAGUGGGGUUUUCAGUUGGAGACAGGAAGGUGUGCCCUCUCAAUCAUGCGUUGAUCUGUGUAUGUGUACAUGGAAAAACACAUCUGGCAGCUCUCCACAAGAACAAUAGCACAUUUUGUAAGUACAUUUUUUACGUAUCUCUUUUCAAAACAGAAUUAACCCUUACAGGGCAGAAAGAAAAACUGUAUUGACCUCUAAAACAGAGUAGCUUUUUUUUACAGAUGUAAAUUUCUGAUUGGAAAGUCAGACACACACAAUCCACUUGCCUUAAAGGGUAUGAGUGUGUGUGUAUGUAUGUGUGUAAGUGAAAAGGUAUGCCAUUGUCCAUAUUUGUUCAGUAAAAACUGAAGUGAAUUGCUUAACAUUUAACCCCCUCAUGCCAGAAGACUUACCUGGACUGUCAAGUGAUUGUCCUGAAGGGGUUAAGCCAAUAGGUGAUGUGAAAAGCUGUGAGUGCUGGAGUAAUGAAGGGUAAUGUGUGUUAGGAGUCUGGGAAGUCUGGUGUAUGUGGAAGAGGAGAAUUCACACCAGUGUUUGAAGUGGCCUAAAGUCACUUUAAACAAAUGGCGUAGAGCAGCUUCAGCCUAGGAUGAGAGAUGGCUGUUCCAGAUUUAUAAACUCCUCUAGCCAGCUACAUUGAAUGGAGCCUGUUUAAAAUAACGAAAACUUGUGCCAACUGUCUUCACUCUGGGAAUGUGACUCAGGACCAUUUAACUGCCUCCCACUAUCUGGAAAUAGAUGAUUAACACAGCAGACUAAAUGCACAAAAUACUGUAUUUGUUUUAGAUUACUGGAUCCUUUAGUGUUUGUGUGUGGUGUCAGGGCUGUUAAAAUAAUGCAAUUCUUCCAUAGUAAUAGUAACAGGACUGAUUUGUAACUCUUUGUGUACCACAGUAGAGACUCAACAUCUGAUGCAGGCAUGGUUUAAAUGGAGUAUGCUUUAUGUGUAUGGAUAGUAGAUCAUGUAGAGGCCUUAUCCUAUGCAUGUUUAUCAUCAGAUCUGCAUGUUUAGCUCAUCUUUAUGUAGACUGUCUGGGUAUAGAUGAUAUCUUCUAUAUAUGCCUGUUUAGCAGUUUGUUAUAGAGGAUAUCUUCUAUAUAUGCAUGUUUAGCAGUUUGUUAUAGAGGAUAUCAUCUAUAUAUGCAUGUUUAGCAGUAGUUAUAUGGGAUAUGUUCUAUAUGUUAAUGUUUAAGUAGAUGGUUUUGUGGAUGAUUAUACAGGCCACAUUCUAUAUUUAAAUUUAGUAAAUGGAUAGAUAUGAAAUCUUUAUUUAGUAAAGUGUAUCCCCUGUAUAUGUAUAAUUUGGAGUUUAGUGUAUAGCAUGUGAGUGUGUGUGUGUAUAUAUAUAUAUAUAUAUAUAUAUAUAUAAAAUAUGCGUAAGUUCUAGAGAUGGUUCUAGAGGAUAUCACCUACAAUACUUCUUAUAUCUCCCAUUUGUCCAUGAUUAGUAGACAUUAAUAUAGAAUUUAUUCUAUUAAAUAUUUAGUUGAUUAUUUAAGAUAUAGAUAUGUGUGUGUACACAUAGAAAUAUACAUGCACAGUCUGUUAACGUAUACUUAGGACUAUAAAACCAUAUACUAAACUUGCACUUAUAGGAUAGAGUUCUUUUUUGCCAUCCUCCUUCUUUCCUUAGUAGAUUGUUGUAAAUAUUAUUUCUUUAAUGUGAUUUUAUUUAGUAAAUAGUUAUGUGUAGUUUGCCUUACGUGUAUGUUUACUGUGUCAUUCUGUAGAAAACAAUAUUUAUGUACAUGUUUAAUAGACAGCUAUAUAGGAUGUUUCCUAUAUAUGCAUGUUUAUUACCUGGUAACUUCGUGUACCUUAUUUAUGUAUAUUUGUUUAUUUGUAUAUGGAAUAUAUUGAAAAAUCUUCUUUAUGUGCAUGUUUAAUAGCUAUGUAGGAUAUGUUCUGUGUAUAUGUAGCAGUUUGUCAUAAGACACACACACACGUAUGUAUGUGUAUAUAUAUAUAUAUGUGUGUGUGUAUAUGUAUGUAUAUGUGUGUGUGUGUAUUUUGUAGCUGGCAUAUACUAUUGCACUGAAAUGUUGUUUUUGUAGCUGUUAUAGAAUAUGCCCUAUAUAGGUUAUCCUGUAGUUGUCUGGUUGCUAAAUAUAGACGACACACAGUAUAUUUUUAAUAUAAGAUAACUACUAUAUUUAUUUAGUGUUUGGAUGUACAGGAUAUACCCUAUAUGUAUUUAGUAUUUGGAUGUAUAGGAUGUGCCCUAUAUAUUUAGUAUUUGGAUGUACAGGAUAUACCCUAUAUAUUUAGUAUUUGGAUAUAUAUUUAGGAUUUGGAUGUACAGGAUAUACCCUAUAUAUUUAGUAUUUGGAUAUACCCUAUAUAUUUAGGAUUUGGAUAUAUAUUUAGUAUUUGGAUGUACAUGAUGUGCCCUAUAUAUUUAGUAUUUGGAUGUACAUGAUGUGCCCUAUAUAUUUAGGAUUUGGAUGUACAGGAUGUGCCCUAUAUAUUUAGUAUUUGGAUGUACAUGAUGUGCCCUAUAUAUUUAGGAUUUGGAUGUACAGGAUGUGCCCUAUAUAUUUAGGAUUUGGAUGUACCCUAUAUAUUUAGUAUUUGGAUAUACCCUAUAUAUUUAGUAUUUGGAUGUACCCUAUAUAUUUAGGAUUUGGAUAUACCCUGUAUAUUUAGGAUUUGGAUAUAUAUUUAGUAUUUGGAUGUACAUGAUGUGCCCUAUAUAUUUAGUAUUUGGAUGUACAGGAUAUACCCUAUAUAUUUAGUAUUUGGAUGUACAUGAUGUGCCCUAUAUAUUUAGUAUUUGCCCUGUAAGUUAUGUAGAGGUGGCUAUGGUGCCAGUGUCUGUAGCAUUGUCCUGCCAGCAGUGGACGGAUACAGAGAAAGCAGUGCAUGCCUCCAAGCACGGUCACUGCGUGCUGUGCUUUGCCUUGAGUGCCACACACAUCCGGGUAUAUUCAUGUCAUCUCUUUGUUAAUAAGGUGCCUGCCAGUGUGUCCCCUCUUGUGUGGGUUCAGCUAUUAACCCUUUCAGUGCCAGGGAGGUGCUAUUAGUUGUAUAAUUGUGUGUCAGCGGAGUUGGAUCUUGCAGUAUGACAAGCUCUGUGUGUGCUGUGAUGUUGGUGCCAUUUAGAGUAUGUAAGCAGGAAGUGUUUGGGUAAGUUACCGUCCAGCUAUACGAAUAGGCCUACUCCCAACCAGUGAAUGCAAAGCUUGUAUGAAAGUGUCCUGUUUGCAUGCAGACAAAACAGAGGGUUAAAAGGCCAUUCUGUGUAUCUGACUGUCUUAUCAAGCUCACAGCUUCUGUUACCUACAUUUUAUAACAUCUGUGGCCAAAAGUUAACCCCAGAUGGUGUAGAACUACAGCUCCCAUGAGGCUGCCAAACCCUUAAGGGAUGUAUAGUUCAACAAAAAAUGGGGGGUGGGGAGGUACAUCUUUAAGCUGCAGUCUGACAUUGUGGCGGGUCUAUGUAGUUGUCUACCAAUAUAUACAUUUCACAGCCCUGUAUAGAAACCAGUAAAAAUGAGAAGUACUUUGAUCAAUAAUUACACACUGUGUGUCCCAGACAGCAAAAGAGUCAAGCAGACUGCCACUUCCUGGCUGAAUUGGUCCCACUAUAGUCAGUAGAGUCGCUCUGUAUUGGUGGCUGUGAGCAGGCAUGCUCUGUACGCCCUCCCUACCAUAUACAGUUAAAAGAUAAAUCACAGCUCCUCCCCAAUAACCUCUUAAAGGAGCAGAAUAGCAGUGUCUUUUAUAAGUUAAAAUGAAAGCUAUCAGUGCAUGGUUCUAUAAUCGGCAAGUAAUAUGGUGACUUCACACCCUCCUGGAAAGAGUUUAAAUGACAGACCCUCCAGCCCAGCUCCCCAGGAAAUAGUUGUUUAAAAUCCCUGCUCCCCUCAUCUCAGAGUUAAUAUGACAAUCUCUGCUUCCCAGGAAGGAGUUAAAGUGACAUUCCAGGCUCCCUCCAGGAAGGAGUUAAAGUGACAGUCCACGCUCCCUCCAGGAAGGAGUUAAAGAAUCAGUUCAGGCUCCCUCCAGGAAGGAGUUAAAGUGACAGUCCUGGCUCCUUCCAUCAAGGAGUUAAAGUGACAGUCCUGGCUCCCUCCAGGAAGGAGUUAAAAUGACAAUCCUGGCUGCCUCCAGGAAAGAGUUAAAGUGACAGCCCUGGCUCCCUCCAGGAAGGAGUUAGUGACAGUCCUGGCUCCUUCCAUCAAGGAGUUAAAGUGACAGUCCUGGCUCCCUCCAGGAAGGAGUUAAAGUGACAAUCCUGGCUGCCUCCAGGAAGGAGUUAAAGUGACAGUCCCCCUGCUUGCUGUGCCCCUGUUCUCACACUAGUAGUUGGAGUGACGCUCAGUUCUCUCUUUAAGCUCUGCCUGUUGCAGCUCAGUGUGUGGAUCAGAACAGCCGGGGAGCCUGGAUUACUGGCUGGCUAUCCCCCAGUCCUCUUUCCCAUGCUUUGCUGUGAUCCAAGCCAGGGGAAACCCACUCCCCCCCGCACACACAUCUCAUCUCCUCCCCUCUGAUCUCUGCAAACCGAGGGAGACAUUGCUCUGUGCACAGAUCUUAUUUUGAUACAUUUGUGUCUGUAUCUUGUUGUCUGUUGUUUCAUUGCAAACUUCCGAUCUACAGCCUGCCUCCUCUCCUGAAUCGCUCUCUGUGGUCGUUGCAUGAAAUCUACAAGAAGUGGAUCAGCUCAGAGGAUCUGUGGGGCCAGAAUAACUCUUCCUGCCCCCUCCCCAAAAAAGCCGAGCCAGGCACAGCCAGCAGCAGUAGCAGCAGCAGCAGCAUGCCGAGGAGGAAACAGCAGGCUCCCAGGAGGGCAGCAGGUACUGUAUGAGCUCUGUACAUUGUGAUAUGACAACCUAUUACCCACCCUUUCCCCAGAUGUGUGCCCUAUACCCUUCCCCCUCUCCCCAUCCCAUGCCUUGUGCUUAUUCCAUGCCCCCUUUGGGGACAAAUUGGCUUAUAAUUUCAAGGUGUUUUUUUGGAUAGGGUUAUGCAAUAGAGCUGCAUUCUGCGUGGCUUGGGAGACCCUUAACCGGGUGUAUAUGUAAGCAAUGAGGAGGGGGUGGCUGUGGAUUAAGCAUGCUUUCUACUUGUCUGCUGUUAGAGUGCACACUGGGGUUAUUUGGCUCUCAAUGGGGUAUUGCGAAUUUGCAGAACCGGAGAGGUAAUUGUUUUAUUCUUUCCUGGUUAGAGGGGGGCUGGGAUGACACAAAUAUCUUUGCAGGGAUUGAACCAAGAAAGUUGUGUUCACAAGGGGUGACUGUGAUCUGUCUGAACUGGGGCUGUUCAGGCUCUUUUCAUUCUACUUUUAUUGCUCCUUUGAUUCAUUUCUGGAAAUGAAGCGGUUCAAUGGGGUCAGGGCUUGUUUGUUCACAGGAGGAGGUUAUGGUGGGAUGUUUUUAAGGUUAUUGGGGUAACAAGGGGCCAGGGAAAGUUCAACCAAGGACCCUGUUGAGAAGGUUGUUGAAGGCACCAUGGACUUCAUAUGGGAGCAAGGGGAAGAUGUUACAAUGCUAUUGAUUUUUCAUUUCUCAAUCUGACGAGCUGUGAGGGGAAGAAAAAGAUAAAAAGAUCUGUUUCUUGUCAGCUGUCUCUCUAGCUUUGAUCCAGCUUUUAAAUAUGUCUCCACUUUCUAUGUUCUCCUUUUUAGGUGUAACUAUGCGUGUAUAUACAUAUGCAAUAAUGUGAGUGUUUAUGCAUUUAUAUAUACACGUAUGCUUUUUAAAUUUGUUUUGUGUAUGUGUGCUUUUUCCCAUGGAUGGCUGUUAUUACGUGUAGCAUUUGUUCCAAAUGUCAGCUCUUAUUACGAUUUAGCAAUCUUUUUCUGAGGCUAUAGGGGGUGAGGAGGGAGGGUGAAGUAGGUAGGAACAGAGGCAGGGGAAUAGAGCCAAAACAUUAUUUUGCAAUAAUGUUCAGUUAGGACAUGUGGAAUGAGAGAGGCUUUUAUUUUAUGGGCUGUUGCCAUCCUCCAUUUGAUGGCUGAUUGAUUGCCUGUCAUCUAGCUGUCUUUGAUCUAUUCAUUCCCAAUAAACAUCAAUAAAUCACUUGCCAUGGUAACAUCAGGCCCAGUGACGUCAGCUUUGCCCUGUCAACCUCCUGCCCAAGCAAAUUUUUUUUACGAACUGUAUCUAUAACCGGGUUCGUGUGGGCUCAUAUCUCCUAGCACAUCUGGGGCCUUGGUAAAAGCUUACUUAUAUUCCUGCCUUUUCUUUACACCCCUUCAUAAACGGAGAAUUCCACACGUUUUCCAUGUAUCUUAGUCCUCCCCCAUUAACUCAUUUUAUGGUUUCAACAAUAGCUAAAAAAAAUGUGAUUAUAAUGAGAGAAAAUAUAUUUUUCACCUUCCUUUAUACUAAAGUCCCUUGAGUAAUCAUUUAAUAUGUAUUUAAUGAAAGGCAAUUGGGCUAUGAACAAAAUCAUGCCUUUCUUAUAUUUUCAUAACGAAAUCUAAUUUAAAAAGACUGCAUUUAAACUAUACAAGUGUGUUCGAAUUUCAUUUGUGUGUGUUCAUUUAUACAUUUAUGUUUGUGUUUUAAAGAUGCAUCAACGUAUAUUUAGCAAAUCAUACAAUCACAUAACUUAAGUUUAAAUAAAAUAGCUUGUGAUUUUUCAGAUUUAGUUUUUUUUGGAUCUUUGUAUUUUAGUAGGUUCUCUUGCAUUUCGAUUAGUAAAAGUAUGAUGAUUAUUAAAAGUAAGAUGACAUCAUCAUAAACUCCAAAAACAGUUACUUGCUUCAACGCACAUUACUCGAAAGAACUAGGCCUCCUGUAGCUCUGUUUAAUAAAAAUCUUAGCAAUGCAUAUUUUUCAUAAAAUAAAAUGCAAAAAAGACUUUUAAGGCCAUUGCAAUCGCUAUAUAGGUAGAACAAGUAGGAUUAAAUAAAUAUUAAGUAAAACAUGGAUACAGUGUAAAAUAAAUCUACAAUUACGUCUGUGAAUCUAAACAUUGCUAUAUGUGUCAAACAGAUCCGCGGUGACAUUGCUCUGGUCACUAUUAAAUCCAUGCAGCAAAUAAGGCUUGUUUGAGAUAAAUAAGCCAGUAGGUAGAUAUGACUGGCAGGUUGUACUAAUGGUCAGUUUUAGGUUAGGUUAGACUUCGGCUCUUCACAUCUGGCUUAAGGAAUCGUUAUAUAGCACAUUAAAAGAUUUGUACCAUUGCUGAAUACAAAUUUAAUGCGAUACAGAUGACUGCUUUUUUUUCUUUUUCUGUGCCAGUUAUAUGUUAAAGGAGACUCUAUGUGCAUUCACACACAAUGUUUGUGCAUGUAUAUAGUUUGGGGUUUUUUUGUGUGUGUUUUUAAAAAAAUUAUUAUGGUUUCACUUACUACAAAUCACAAAUGUUCGGGGUUCUUGCGAAAAUGUAUUUUAUUUAAUUAGAGGUUUAUUUAGGAAUAUUGAGAAUAAGGGGAAUAAACUUAACUGCUAUACUAAUAAAAUAUGGAAGAAUGGUUUUGCUUUAUCAAAAUGACCCGUCAAAACGACUUUGUUUCAUAUUUGAUUUAAUUGUCUCUCUCAUGACAGGCACAUUCAUCAAUAGCUUAAUGGCCAUUCAGAAGUUGGCAGAGUGAAUGCUCUCAGUCUCUCUCAUGGAUUGACUCCUGUUUUACUUAUCAAAAUGCUUCUGUCUAAUGGAUAUGGCUGGGGAAAUGUCCAAUGCACAAAUUGUUACUUAUUUAAGUUGAGGGAAGGUGAAACAAAUAUCACAAAUGCUUCUGAUGGAAGCAGUAUGCAAAAUUAUAAUUUAUAUUAUGUUUAUAUUAUUUAUGGGGAAAAAAAAAACUUUGAGAAACUUGUAAUUUCAAUUUUCUUUUGGAUCUUUGCUGCUGUACGUUGUAGAAUUUUUACUUUCUAUGUUUCGUACUGAGCAAUUGCUUUGUACUGGUAAGAGUGGGGGAAAAAAUUCUGAUUGGUAACUCAGGAAAUUCAUUCACCACCAACCUUGAAAAUACUUGAGGAUUUUUUUCCCCCCUAAACUGAAAGGUCUGCUCAGCCGUAACAAAAAAGAAAAGUUGUUUUGCCAGCUUCAUUAGUGCUCACCUAAUUAGCUGUAAAUCUGAUGGAUUCUUGACAGCUCUAAUGAUUGGAGAUGACAGUCUGCAAGCAGUGUCAUCUAGCAGAAUUAGGUUUGCAGCUAGUUUGAUGUAAUCAACUUGAUAUUACACAGUCCUGCUUGCCUUUAGUUGUGCAUUAACUCAAUUUUCUGCUGCAGGUGACAAAUGGAUUUUGGUACCUGGAUAAUCAUUUCAUAGGGAUUAGGCCUUUUUAAUGGGGGCUGGAGAAAAAUAACAACUACUAAGAGGUUUCCGCAGCACAGACAUUGUAUAUUUAACAGACAGGUGCAUAAUUCCUUUCUGCCAAGCAAGAGCUUUAAUACUGCACCGGCAAGAGCAGAAACCGAUAAUCUUAAUCAAUAAAACAUAUAAUGCACACCGAGAUUUCUAUUCUCAGUUAAAGCAUUUAGUUAUCAGCAGCACAUUUUGUAAUGAUAUCGUCAAGUGUCACAAUUACUUUUUCUGUGUCUUCAUUUAAAAAAAAAAAAAUUUUUUAUUACAAAUAUUGUGGAUCCCGGUUUAAAGAAAAUAUUUUAUUUUUUAAUUUUUUUUAAAUGCAAGACAAAAAAGAGUAUUGCAUGAGAUGUAAGAUACACGGCAUGGCCCUCUAAACACUGGAACUUAGUACUGUCACAACAGCCCUGUGUGCAUUAGUCACGUAAAGAAUUGUGAAACAUUCAGGCCAUCCACUUUCCUUCUUGUACCAUCAAAGUACUUGAACUAUGGAUGUCUAAACAAACAUAGCAUAAAGCAGACAGUUAUCUAGCUUAGAAACUGACACCAUUUUGGAGGAAGCAUUGACAAGUGCCAAUGCGCCUUUUUCGUAAUAUAUAUGAAACAAGAAUAUAUAUCGAAACCAAAAUUAUAUAUAUAUAUAUAUAUAUAUAUGUGUGUGUGUGUGUUUGUGUUUUAAUGUAUACAAGCAUUGUACUUCUUAAUUUAAAAUAAGAAUAUGAAAAAAGUGAGAACUGGCAUUUAAUAUUAAAAUAAGUAUGUGAAAAAGGGAAAAUGAUCCAGGCUCCGUACGAUUUUACUUUUGAAGUAGGAGAAAUUCUGUGCAUUUUAAUAUAUCUGAUUAGACAUUUCGAGAGCCUUCGAAUGUGUUGAGAUUGUACAUGCAUUGAAACCACAAUGCUUUCUAUUAGAAAUGCUCUUACAGUCCCACACUGGGGCACAUAGUGUGGCUACAAAACUGCCAGGCCUAUUGGAUGGAGAUUCUCCCUAGUAGCAAGAUGACAAAAUGAUUAGUUAUGGCUGUCCUUUGCUUCUUUUCUGCAUAGAGUAAAGAACAAUGUAAAAAGGAGGAUGAUCCCCCCUCCCUCCAAAUGUAAGCAUGGUUGAAAGAUUCCACUGAGUAUCCUGGUGGAAAACAGACAUUUUCAGAAUCAGCUGCCAUUUCUCCCAUUAGUCUGACAGCUGUCAAUUAGGGCCCUCAGUGUUCUCCCCCGGUACAGUUUACUGGAUUCCGUUGAUGUUGUCAUUUUAUUCUCUGGUUUGCCUUGAGCACUAUCAUGAGCAGGAGUGAAAUAGUCAAUAACUGAUGUAUCAGCAGUUAUUUCUUAAAUUGGCUCACAAGUCUGCAUUUUCUUUUUUCUUUUUUUUUUUUUCUUUCUUUCUUUCUUUUCUGUUUUUUUCUCCUCUCUAAAGAUUGUUUUGCCCAGUGAUUAGAAUGAAUUGUGACUGUUGUGUAGGGAAUGCAGUGCAGGGUGAGUUUAUAGGAUCAGUUCCUUAGUGCUCUUUGCAGAAUUCUAGUGAUGUGGGGACAAUUCUCUAAAUGUAGGGAACGCAGCAUAUAUUUGGCGCUGCGUGUUACAUCCCUGUGUAACUGUGACAUUAUCGUUAUUGUAUUUGAAAAAGGCUGUGUAAAUAGAAUUCUAUUCACCUCAAGGGAACACAACUUUGCAAUUAGCUUACUGUUAACCUUUUUACAUUAACUAGGCUAGUAGACCUCUCAAACGCGGGUCCACGUUUUUAGUAAAAUGCCAGGAACACUGCACGCUUAACCCACAUGCAGGCACUGUAGUUUUCUCUCUGACCUUGGAUGUUUCAUUGCUAGUCUAGUUGUUAAAAUUCCCAAGGAGCUGUGGAUAUUUUUUUUAGACUUUUUUUUUUUUUUUUGCUUUAAAAGGUUGCAAUUUAUUGCUGUCCUAAUUAGUGUGUAAACCCAAGAAACAGACGCAUGGUUUAGAAUAUUGAGAGCAGCUCCAGGUGAAUUGCUCAGAGCGAUAUUUAUCUACUAAUAUUCUUUACUGCAGCUAGUAGUGGGUGGCUAAAAUUGGGAGUUAGGCACCCUGUAUUGUGUUUAACAAGACAGCAUGGGCAGGUAUCUUCAGAUGGAUAAUAUGCAAUGUAAUUAGCUCAAUAGACCGCCUCUCAUCCUUUCAUUUUUGCUACAUGCAUAAAAUGCUCAUAUAAGAUGAGUAAAUUAUAAUUUUAUGUAAAGUUGAUGCGGUGUCCAUACCCUUCAAUUUAAUUAAUCACAAGCCUUCUAUUCUGGAAUAUUCAAAUGUGGGUUUUGCAUGGUUAACAUUUUGUCUUGUAAUCUUUUUUUUAUAUAUUUUUUUAAUAAAUAAUAUUUAUAUAUAUAUAUAUAUAUUUUGGCCGUUAUCAACUCUUUAAAAAAAGACAUCUUCUAGCAUGUGAAAAUCACGGCAAAUUGGCUGCCUAAAUGAUGUUUAACUGUUCCCAUUUAAAGGAUUUUAAUCCAUAAUUAGUAAAUUAAUCAGUGUUGCUCUGUAAACAAUUAAUGGGUUAUGUAACACUUAGAAGCUCAGCGAAUAGUUGAGGUAGUUUGCCAUUGCACCCUCGAUCAUACUCGCAUCGAUAUUUAAUGUGUAAGAGUCCUGGAGAAUAAUGUAACUUUCCUUGUUUGUCCUUAAUUAUGAAUUAUUAAUUCAUUCUGUCAGAACACAUGUUAUUAAUUAUGGCUCUUUUUCACCUCCACCAGCUGUUUGGGAAUGAGGGGACCAGGCUUAAACUCUUGUAGGAGUUGUACCAAAUUCGCCCAUAUUAUCAAUAUUUAAUACGAUUAAUGUAGAAAAUACUAAAUAUGGAUUAGUGCUAAAAUAUAUAAAGAUAAAAGAACAAUUAAGAAAUUAACCAAUUUAUUUACUUUGUGUGUGUGUAAAAGCACACUUGCACACAAAUAUCUCCACAGUUUUUUUUUGUUUUUUUUUUAAUUAUUUUUUUUUUUUCUGAUUUACUUUUUCUCAAGGGGAGGAAAAAUAAACAUUCGUAGUAAUGUUUUUUUAAAAAAAAGUUGUCUGGUGUUGUUGUGACUUCAGUAAGGAUGUUACAGUAGGAGAUAUUUUGAGAGCAAAAAAAAAAAUACAAAUAUUUAGUCAAUAUUAAUAACUAUACAGCCUUAUAAAACAUUCAACAAACAUAUUAUUUUUAUUGGUGAUGGAGAAUUCAGUGUGAUAAAUUUUGAAUCUAAUAUUGUGUAGCACAUGUUAACCGUGGACAAUUGUAGAGUGCCUUGUUCCAAUAUUUCAGGGCUGCAGUCAGUUUAGUAAUCUUCACAAUUUUCACUUGUAUUUUCUUUCAAAGAUUACAAUAUGCAUACAAUUAGCUGUUGGCUAUCAUAAUGCACUGUUCAAUUUUAAAUGGUAUUUGAAUAUAAAUGAAUAUUAAUGAACUUGGAUGAAUUUAUUUUGCAUAAGUAAAGAUGUAUAACCCUUUCGUCCAUUAACUACGGUCAUUAAUAAAAUCUGGUCAUUAUUUAAGAACAUAUUUAUUUUGAUCUGAUUUUUUGCAUUUCCUCUAAAGAGACAGGCUCAAUUAAUUAUUCAGCGUUGACAGCAUUUAACAGGCUGCAGUGUAUAUGUGCUUGGUAACACGUCAUUUUACAUACCUGAAUUUUGCAUACACAGCAGCAGUGACCUUUUGGGUUUUUCUCUCUCUCCCUCUCUCCCUUUUUUUUUUUUUCCUUCUUUCGUUUAUUGGUGAAGAUUAGUCUGUCCAAUAAAUGUGGAUUCAGUUUCUCUUUCUCUCUCCCUCUCUGCUAAUGUCUAACGCAUCCACAAAUGAUGUGAUAUUUUAUAAUUAAUUCUCCAAGAUGUAAUUGCUGUAAUCACUUAAAUGUUACACACGGCAAAGACUGUGCACUAAAACAUAUGGAAGAAUAUAAUGUAAACACCCUUGUCUAAAUCUCUAAAUAAGCAUUCGUAUGUGGUUUGAAUUGCUAAGUUGUCGGCUGGUUGUUAGUAGGAAAGGUAAGAUUCUGUCUUUGCUUUGAUUACCAUUUUGAAACCAGUAAAUGGAGACUUUAAGCCUGGUAAAAGUAGUUAUUGGUAUUGCCACUAGCUAGAAAGUCUUAGUUCUCUAUGUGUUCUAAGCAAAUAGGCCAGCAGUGAUGGCUUACGUUGGCACCCCAGCUCGUUCUGGAAUCCAUUCCUUAUAACUCUCAUCGAGCCACGCUGCUUGUAGAUUAUUAACGUCUAGGGUGCAAAGGUUAGCCAUCACUAGUAUAGGCAGAUAAUGGGGGUGCUGAGAUUACGUUCAUAAGCUUUUUCAAUGGGUUCCCCAAAAUUAUAAUUUUAUGGGCAAUUAACCAUUGUUCUGUUAUGACCCUUUAUACCUGGGACUUCCGGCUGGAAGGAAGUUAACUUUUCAUUGACGCUCCUUUAGUGAGCAAUGAGAUUUGAUGCAUUGACAAAGUACAAGAUACAUUUAGGCCAUAAUAUCCGUAUUUGAACUUUGUUUCCAAAUUUGCUCUUUGCAUUAAUUUUUAUAAAUAUAAGAUAAAAUGCUAUCUCGCGAAUUGUGCAUAUUCUCCGAAGGAGAACAAAAACAAGAAAAGGAAACAAAUAGUGGAGGCAACAACAAACUGAACUCCUGUGCCAGGGUGCUGAAUCCAAGAGAACGACUGCUGUUAUACGAUUUGUCUGGACACCCAGGGUUUGGUUAGAUUUGGCCGAUUAACCCACAUAGCAUUCUAUUACUUUGUAUAAAGAAUGCAGUAACAAUAUUAAGCCUCUGCUGCAUAAUGAAAUUUCUGUGUACCUGUACAGUGCUGCCAUUUCUUCUCAAUCAUCAGCACUGUGCUGCUGCUCACACGUAUUGCUGCACACACUGCCAUGUUAGAAAUUUAGUUUAUUUCCCAAAAUAUUAUUUGAUUUCAGUCUUGCCAUACAAACAGAUGUCCUCAACACUUUGUAGUAUGGCAGUGUUUGUAGUUUUGCAGAUGUACUCAUGGGUCCUGGAGAAACAUGUUUUCAGUCCUUAUGUAUUCAGCCAUAUUUUAAAAUAUUAAGGAAUGCCUGGAUGUUAUAGAGGGAGAGUGUGAGUGAAUGUGUUCAUAGCACUUCUUCUGACGGAAAGGCUUUGCCUUUGUCACAUUAAAUUAACACAUUUUUAUUGUAUAAUAUUUUACAGAGUAAAAAUACUGUAGGUGCCAAAUAUUGAGGUGUCUUUAGAAAUCGUAUAGAGCAGCCUUUCCCAAUUGGUGGUUCCUCCAAAAGUUUUGAAAAAUAAAAUGGCCGUGGGCAGGAGGGAGCAACGAGCAGUGAUCUCCCUGCUCAGCUUCCUCGCGCGCACAGCAGUGAUGCUGGAGCCGGAAUAUGACGUCACUCUGGCAUCACUAAGAGGCGCACAAGGGAUCUGAGCAGGGAGAUCACUGCUCCCUCACCGCUCAGCAGCACCUCUGGACCCCAGGGACAGCACGCCAGCCGCUCAGCAGCCCCACUGGACCCCAGGAACUCUAUACCAGCACUCCUAAAGGUAGGGGGCUGGGUGGAGUAAAGUGUGUCAAGGUUUGUGUCUGUGUGUCAGUGUGUGUAUCUGUGUGCCACUAUCUGCCAGUGUGUGUGUCAGAUUCAUACACACUGGCACAUACAAACACAGAUACACACACCUUGAUACGCAUACAAACACCGAUACACACACCUUGACACACAGAUACAUAAAGAUAUACACUGUGUGUCAAGGUGUGUGUAUCUAUGUGUCAGAUACAUACACACACACACUGGCACAUACAAGCACAGAUAUACAGACCAUGACACACACCGGCACAUACAAAAAAACGGCACAAUUAUUAUUAUUUUUUUCCCCCAAGGGGGUGGGGAGUUUCCACGAUGUUGAUACACUAUGUCAAAGGGUUCCACUGGAAAAAUUAAUUGGGAACCCCUGGUAUAGAGUAACAAUGUAGGCCUCAGCAUUGUCACAGAAACACAUAAUGCACAAUGUGAACAGAUAACACAAAGGUUUUAGGAAAUCCUGGUUAAGCUACAUUCAGAUUCCAGCACUGGGCUAUUUUAGAAUUCAACAUUUGAUGGUGAAGGUUUUACCGUCCAUUAGAACCUUCAGAAGAGGUUUCUCUUUCACAAUAACAUUUCAGUAUUCUUUGCUACGCACUAGCUUUAGGUAACACUGACUUCUACACAUUUACACGUACUAGUUAUUGAUUAGAUUGUUUGUUUCCAGCUAUACAAUGUCUGACAACCAUAUCGUUGGGUAACAUAUUUUACUAAUGCUGGGUCCACGUCAACCUAUUGUUCCUGAAACAUUUUGUAAUUGUCUUAUCUAUUGUUACAUUUCCCCCUUUAUAAUAUAAUAUAAUGUGUUGGUGCUAUAUAAAUGACGAUGACAAUAAAAAUAAUAAGCCAUGCGCUUUGUACUGCACAUCCUAUGCAGCGUUGGCAGCUAUACCUCGUAUAUAACAUGCCAGCUUUGGUUAUGUGUGUGUGUAUAUAUAUAUAUAUAUUCACAUUUAUUUUUUUUCAAAUUCCCUCCCACCCCCCCCCAAUUUAAAACCUGUUUUUGUUUUUCUCUCAACUUCUUGUACUUUGUGUAUAUUUUUUUUGUAUAUUUGUUGGCUUUUGAAAGGUAACGAUCCUCACUUUGGCCAGCGCAGUGAUUGCUGUCAGAAGCAAGCUAACAGGAGACAGGAGCUAAGCAGCUGCACCCAAAUGUGUUGCUCACUGUUGGUUGGUCGGAGUAUAUUUCUUAAUGAAUACUUGUUUUUUAUAAAGCUGCUGCUCAUUAUUUACUAUCGCUGCACUACCUUCAUUUGAUACUGGGAAUAAAAAUUAUUUGGGACUUUCUAGUAUACUUUACAAUACAGAAGAAGAAGGGAAACUGUUUAAAAACAUGGGAUAUAAUAUACAUACAAAAUACACAGUCCAUGUAUUUAUAAUCUGCUUUAGUCUUAGUCCGAUUAAGGGACCAAAGUUCGAUUUGCUUUCUGUCUUCAGGGGUCCCAGUUGGUUUGAGCAGGCAGUUUAUAAUCAUCAUCCUUAAAGGACCACUAUAGUGCCAGGAAAACAAACUUGUUUUCCUGGCACUAUAGUGCCCUGAGGGUGCCCCCACCCUCAGGGUCCCACUCCCGCCGGGCUGAAUGGAGAGGAAGGGGGUUAAACACUCACCUUUCUCCAGCGCCCGGCUCCAUCCGUGCUGGGGACUCUCCUCCUUUGGCCGCGCGCGCAUUCAGCUAGUCCAUAGGAAAGCAUUCUCAAUGCUUUCCUAUGGACGGAAGCGCCUCUAGCGGCUGUCAAUGCGACAGCCACUAGAGGCUGAAUUAACCCAUAUGUAAACAUAGCAGUUUCUUUGAAACUGCUAUGUUUACAGCAGGCAGGGUUAAUCCUAGAUGGACCUGGCACCCAGACCACUUCAUUGAGCUGAAGUGGUCUGGGUGCCUAUAGUGGUCCUUUAAGCUAUAGCUUAAUGUAGCAACCUGGUCUCCAGGUUUGUCAGAGACCAUUUUAGUACUGUGAAAAGUCUGCUCAAGGUGUUUAGUAGACUCUUUGUGUGUUAUCUGUUACAAUGGGAAAAUGGACCUCUAAGAAAAGAUGUAAGAGCCACUGAGUUAGGGGGAGCCAGUUCAUUUUCUACUCGUAACUGAAAACAAUUUCUCAAAGUUUCCUAACCUGCAGAAUUGCUGCUACAGAAAGGACAAUACUAGGGUUGCUUUAUUAUUUUCAGUAUCUUUUGGGUCUGGGCUCUGUGCCCAAACUUUCUUUCCUGCUGGGUCAGGCCUGUUGCUGGAGGCCAGAUUCUCAGCAGGGGCCCCUCCUGGAAGCUUGGCGGCUGCAGCUCGAGACUGGCAGCCAUCACUCAUCCAUCUGCGACACAGAGUCUGUUUUUGAUGGCAGGGUUGAUAAAAGGCCUGGGAACUGUAUAGGCCCUUGUAAUCAGGGCCAGUACUGACAUCUUCUCAACUUUGACAGCUUCUUCCUUUUCUCUCUUCACCGCCAAGACUGUCUGAACUGAUUUUUUUUUUUUCUCCCUCUCGCUCUUGUUUCAUGUAGUUGAUCAUUCUCAGAUGCUGGGAAUAAUUUUUUUGUGUCUGAAGGGAGGGGGAGUGUUGCUUUGGGUUUCUGGGUAGGGCAGGUGUGAGAGGAAGUCUGUACUGUAGGCCUGUUGCUAAUUAAUGUUCCUCUAUAAGAUUCUGUCUGAGUUGAGUAAUGUUUUUGAUCUUUAUGUCUGAUAACUGCAUACUUAAUGAGAUUUCAAAGCUGUGAGUGCAGCUCCCUACAAUUAUUGACAGAUGCCUUUCCUUCGCCAUUGGGUUCAGCUUCAUAAAUCCUCUUUCUGUAAUGAGGUUCUGAAGUGCCACCCUGGCAGUGAGCUAAUGAAAGAGGGGGGGAGGGAAAUGGCUCAUGCCUGUCUGACACAUUUUUUUUUCUUUUAAAAUUUACUAUGCAGAUGUCAAGCUGCAAGAUGAUUACUUAAAACAUGCUAAUUUUUAUUGUGCAUAUUGCUAUUACAGUGCCUGACACGCGACCCCUGUAAUCUUUAACCUGUGUCACCCUUUUGGUGUACCGGGUGCCUGGAAUUUAUUAAAAAUACCAAAGUGUAAUGCAACACUAAACAGUUAAACACUCUUUGCACGUCAUACAGGCAGGGGGGCUCAUUUUGUGCACUUUUAUUUUACACCUGCAGAAACAAUUUAAAAAAAUAAAAACAAAUGAUAUAUUAUAUAUUUAUACGUACGUAAACAUAUACAACAGAGAGAAUUGGCCUGCAUGUGUGUAUAUAAAAUUGUGAGGAAGCUUGUUAUUUUAUCUAAAGUUGUUUAUGAAGCUUUGUAUGCUUGAGGGCUUUAGAGGUGUGUGUGUAUGGCACUUUGUAGGCCUCUGUACAUCAAGCUGUCCUAACUGUGCUCUUGAAACAUUGUAGAUUUGAUUUUGCAAGUUCUGAAACCGAAUCCUGGUGGGGGAAAGCCUUGCCAUGCCAAACAGUCGAUUUCCUUUUCAGCAGAGUCAUAUAUCACUGACCCGCCCUUUCCUCCUGACAGAAUGACAUGUGUCAUUUAUCAAAUCGGCCCUGGCAGACAACAAGGGAGGAAAAGAACGAGGUUUCAUAAAAACGCUGUUCUUUUCCCUUUACUUCUGUGUUGCAAGAACAGCAACUGCAGAUUGCAAGUCAAAAGGAAAAUGUAUACAGUGGGGGGUGGAGAGGGGGGGGGGAUGGAGGGAAGGGGUGUGAGGGGCACUGGGUGACAGUUUGGUGCUGUGACCAAAGAAGUGUUGUUGUUUUUUUGCCUCUUACAGUGCUGCUAUAAUCUUCUUUUCCUUCCAUAUGCCAUAUCCCUUUUGAAAGUCCUUUUGUUUUAUUUUGAGUUUAUGCACUCGCAGGAAACCCAAUCGUUCUGACAGAUAUCAUUCAAGUUGCGCCAGCUUGCUGGGGGUUUUGUAAAUGAAUCCGGGAGCUCACAAUUUCACAGGAUUCAAACAUGCAUUAUGUAAGAUGGAUGUUCUUUAAGAAAGAUUGAUGACGGAUAUCAGACUUAUGUUGCCGUUUAUCAUUUGGAAUAGUAUUUAGACGUGCCGUGUAGAGCUGUAACUUGAGAGGUGGACAUGCCGGAACAGAAUGGGGGCCGGGAUGCUCUGAACUUGAUGGAUGAGGCUUUGCUUUCUUUUAUUGUUUGAUACCAGACUCAGCCAGUUAUUGCGGUCUUCGUUUACAGCUACUUAAGUGUUAAACUAGUGUUUGUCAACAUGGGGUGAGGCGAACUGUAGUUAUAUUUUGUGGAUUUGUAGCCAGUGUGAAUUAACGUUGACAAACAGCAUUUGAUCAGACCUGUUAACCUGUUGUGAGAAAUUGUGUUUUAUUUUGGUUUACUGUACCUCUGUUAACCCGAUGAAUGGUAAAAAGGGUUGCAUUUGUGUAAGUACUCAUAAAGAGUUAAACUCCAUUGCAGCCACAGGUGGUUUAAAUAGAACCUAAUCCCAGAAAAGAAUGUCCCUCUUUGAGACUUGCUCAGUGUUUGUAAUGGUUCAUUAAGUUUUUUAGGGGGUUUUCCAAUUUUUGAGGGAUGUAUGUAAGCAUGAGAUCUUUUGUGCUUCAAAAUUCAGACUACAUUCACAUCCUCACCAGGCAUUCACCUGUUGCAAGGAGAUCAUUUAAGAAAGACCUUUGCUGCUAAUAGUAGUAUUAGCAUAAUUACAAUUUAUUUACGCUAACAUGUUUCCCAGCACUUUACAUCUUUGAAAGGGAUAAACACAACAAAUAAAAGACAAACUAUCACAAAUGAUGGUACAAAAUAUGUAUAUAGUGUUCUCUUAUGACAAAUAGCGGCAGUCCACCUAAAAGGAGUAACCACACCUUGUAAAUACCAAGCAGAUAAAUACAAACAAAUGGUGAGCCUCGCUUAGUAAUUAAAAAGGAUUAUACAUACAAUCAACGGAGGAGGAUAAUUGUGAGACUUAUCUUUAAUAAAGAAAUGUACAAUAGUAUAAUACUGUAAGAAAUGCAGUAGAUAUAAAGACAGUGCCAAUAGAACACUCACACUUUCCAGAGCUUCAGUUAGCUCUAAUAUUGCACGCCAGGACGGAACAAUCCCCGUCCAAGGAUAUAAUGUCAGAUAUCUUGAGCAGCAGUCAGUAAUGUAUGUGGAGGGAAGCACAGAUAGGAUAACCAAUGGUGUAGUCCAAUUAUAAAAUUAACAUAAGUCAUUAAAGGACCACUACAGGCACCCAGACCACUUCAGCUCAAAGAAGUGGUCUGGGUGCCAGGUCCCUCUAGUUUUAACCUUGCUGCUGAAAACAUAGCAGUUUCAGAGAAACCGCUAUGUUUCACUGAGGGUUAAUAUAGGCUCUAAUGGCUGUCUCACUGACAGCCGCUAGAGGUGCUUCAGCGAUUCUCAAGGUGAAAAUCAAAGUGAGAAGACGCUGUACGUCCAUAGGAAAGCAUUGAGUAAUUCUUUCCUAUGGGCGGUUUGAAUGCGGAUCUGACGUCAGCAGGAGGAGGAGAGGUCACCAGCACUGAGGGAACCUGGUGCUGGAUUAAGAUAAGUGGCUGAAGGGGGGCCCUGAGCGUGGGGGUGACCUAAUGAUCCUAUAGUGCCAGGAAAACGAGUUUGUUUUCCUGACACACUAGUGAUCCUUUAAUGACUUAUAAUGGGAGCCUGUGGAGAUCGCAUGAUAUGUUACUUCCUGUGCGACUUAGUCCCACCCACCCGGAAGUGACUUCACCACACAGCUGAUCGCAAUCACAUUGAUAAAAGCCCAUAUAAAAACAUAACUUUUGAAGCUGGACAUUAUUCACUUUUGAGAAAGCUACGGCGAAACUGGUCAAUUGAGGUUUCUGGACUUUCAAUUCCACUGUGGACUGGUAUACAUUUAUAGUUUAUUUUGUUAGUACCCAUUUUUUAAAUCACUUUUAUUGUUUUAAUAAAGUACUUUUUUUUUAAGUAAGUAUCCAGCCCUUUGGAUUUUUUUUUCUCAGUUGGCUCUCUGGAUAUCCAUUAAAUCCAUAGGUGGAGAUCAUUCCACCCAAGUGCUCCAUACCAGAGCAGGUUCAUGCUCUGGAAAUUGUAAGUAGAAUACUUACCUGUAUAGUAUGUUCAUUUUAUAAUUGGACUACACCAUUGGUUUUCCUAUCUGUGCUUCCCUCCACAUACAUUACUGACUGCUGCUCAAGAUAUCUGACAUCAUAUCCUUGGACGGGGAUUCUUCCGUCCUGGCGUGCAAUAUUAGAGCUAAUUGAAGCUCUGAAAAGUGUGCGUGUUCUAUUGGCACUGUCUUUAUAUCUACUGCAUUUCUUACAGUAUUAUACUAUUGUACAUUUCUUUGUUAAAGAUAAGUCUCACAAUUAUCCUCCUCCGUUGAUUGUAUGUAUAAUCCUUUUUAAUUACGAAGCGCGGCUCACCAUUUGUUUGUAUUUAUCUGCUUGGUAUUUACAAGGUGUGGUUACUCCUUUUAGGUGGACUGCCGCUAUUUGUCAUAAGAGAACACUAUAUACAUAUUUUGUACCAUCAUUUGUGAUAGUUUGUCUUUUAUUUGUUAUGUUUAUCCCUUACAAUAGAUGUAAUCCUUUUUAAUUACUAAGCGCGGCUCACCAUUUGUUUGUAUUUAUCACAAAUAAUAACAGGAUAAAAGUUGUAAUGAGGGUCAUCCUCAAAUGUGUUUAUAAUCUAGAUGAAUGUAUAUGCGUUAAAACUAAAUAGUGUAAAGCGAAUUGUCAUUUAAAACAAACAGUGUCAGUAAUCAAAAUAUAAAGAGGAGGGGUAAAAUAAUAUUUGACUAUUUCCUUGAUAUCAAUAUAUCCCAUACAUAAAUGGGUAGUGAUAACAAAAAAAAAAAAUAAUCCCUUUAAUUUUAUUUUUUUCUGAUUUGUAUUCUGGAAUAAUGCAAGUUUUGUUUCACUUUUCACCCAUCUAUUAAGUUCCCUAAAAGUGUCUACUAAUGCCAGGCCUCUUAUGUAAUACAGGGUGCAAAUACCCUUUGGGAUUUUUCCAGAUGGAUUUGAGGCCACUCUGUGGUGUUUCCAUGAAGUCUAGGAGUGUAGAGAUACACUGUAACCUGUGCAGGCUGUGAGGCCUUGAGAGAAUUCUUGGCACAGAUGGCUGAUUUGGUGAGAAAGAGAGCGAGUAGGGGGCUAAUUGACAUACCCACCUAGUGAUCCUCCUGAUGUCAAGGAGGGGGUGGUUAGACUUAGUUUAGAAGUUAUCUCCUGUUUUGUAAAUUAAAUUUAAAUCACACACACACACACACAAGGCUCCUACAUGGUGUAGAAGGCUAUUAAAAGUGCAGGAGAUAAAAAUAAAUUCUAAAUUCAACAGAUUGUGUAAUAAAGGAAGUUUAAACAUUAGAUCUCUCCUUACAGGAAGUGUUUAGGAAGGCUGUGCAAGUUACAUGCAGUGAAGUUUUUGCAAAACAUGUGACAUCAUGGUUGUUCUAAGAAUCACUAAUAGGGGCAAAGAGCACACAUUUUAGUGUGGCGUCAGAUCAAAUAUUUGGCUAUAAACCUCAUAAUUUCCUGAACUGCUUCUUUAAAUAACACUGGGGCAUACCUACGCACUCAGUUUAACCUGCAUGCCCCAGAUCCUAAUUUAUGUCUUUUACUGUUUGCUAUUUCAUAUUUCAGUUUAACCAAAACCUUUGUUUCCGCUACAACCAUGUAUUGCAACAUUUGAGACAUGUAUUUAUUUUUUAAGAACAUUUACAUUCAACGUACAUUUUAUUUCAGUAAAAGCUAGGAAUCCUCAUUUGAUUGCUAGUGUUGGAGUAUUUCAGACAAAAAAAUUAAAACAAUAAUAAAAAAAAAAUGUUUUAGAUCUUGUCUGCAGACUCCUUACUUUAUAAUGUAUCUGACUCCACUCUGUCUGUAGAGUAAUGACAUAACAAUGAGCAUUAUAGCAUAUUCCUCCUCUGGCAUUUUGUAUAACACUGGAAACAAGGCUGUGAAUCCAAUUCUCAUGUUUAUUUAGCUUUAGACAUUCCAACAGCUGCCAUUAAGGAACAGCUCUGCCCAAAGGCCCAGCUUUUGUACCUUGAAACUAUUUUUCAAAUUUAAUAAAACGUCCUAUCAGACAGAUCCAGAACCAACUACUUAGAACUUGGUUUUGGUGCAUUGAAGAAUUAAAAGGAAAAAAAACAAACUAUAAAUAUCAGAGAUUUUGCAAAGCGGUUUGUGAUGAGACAACAUUUCUGUAUGUCUGACCACACCGUUCUCUUCUAAAUUCCACCAACCCUAUGGCAAAGACCAGGAUUUCAUAUUUGCUUAGUCAAUUAUCGUCCAAUUUACUUCUAGUGUUGCCAUGCAACUGACAAGACAAAUAUCAUGGUGUAAGGUUUACAUGUCAAAUAGAAAGAGCUUGGAAGAGUGUCAGACCCGUCAUUUUGGUCCUGUUUUGCAGGACAGGUGCAGCGUGCUCUCAGACCCCCCUCCAUUACUUUUUCUCUUUAGAAACUCUGGUUCCAAACACUUUGAUCCAGGAUCCAGAUUUUUAACUUACACUUUUCUGGGUUUUAGAUUUGGUUGUGUUAUAAUUUCACUCCUUUUUUGACAUACAAACUAUUUUGUUUCGUUUUUGGAACUGACCAUGAUGGCCCUUGGUGUCUUACAUUACCUGGUGUGACGUUUCUUUUUUUUUUUCAGCAUCAUCAGACAGAGGUAACAUUUCAAUGGCACCCAGGCCAGUCCUUUGACAUUUUGAUUUAAUUCUACACGGUUAAGUUUGUCAAGAACAAAGUCCAUUUCAGGUAUAAUUGGGAGGGAGCUGUACUCAUGAGAAGAAAAAAAAUCUUGUUUUGUUUUUGUUUCAUCUUAUUCUCCCCCCAGUUUUAUAGCAGGAGACAUGAUUUAUUGUAGCUAUCCAUCUUUGGGGUUCAUCCAUCAUGGCCUGGUUGCUAGGCAAUCAUGGCAGCAGCUGCUUGCUUUGAAUCAGACAGAAACGUUGUCAAUCAUCAGAGGCAGGUGAAUAGCAUUGGAAGCCCGCUAUUGUCAGACGGAAUAAUUAAUCAAAGAGAGAAAAGAUAAUUAAAAAGAUAUGACCCUUGCAAGUACUUGCUCUGGGUUGCCUGGAAAAAAAAAAUUAGUAAAAAGAAAAACUGCCUGGUCUGUUCUAGACACUUAAGCAGCUGAAAGCUGAUAAAAUAUGCACUCUGCAGUGCAUAGUUUUUAAUUAAUUGAAAAAGGUUCAACAUUCAAAGACGAAGCCGGGGAAAAGUCUGAUUAUGAGCAGAAGUAAUAUUUAUUGUUUGCAUGAAAGGCCUGACAUGAAGUUUUAACGUCCUGUCACAAAUCUCCUGCAUAGUUUGCAAUAAGUCGCUCUCAAGGUUUGGAUCUCCACUUUGGAAUUGCAUUAAGAAAAAGGAAGGAAACAAAACCAUAAAGUUUGAAGAACUUUGAUUCAACCUUUUUUUAUAGAGACUCCAUGUUUCUUAGCCUUUUUUCAAUUGGUUUCUGGUGGGGAUAGGCUUCCAUUUUGCUCACACAGAGCGGUGCCAUAUUAAUGGAAUUUGGAAUAGUUGAUUAUGGAAACAAGUGUGCAGUUGGCUGCUGUGUAGGUUUUACAUUGAGGAGAUUUUAUGCUUUUGUAUUUUAGAUGAGCUAAUGAAUUCCUUCACCAUUGCCAUGAAAAUAAUAUCCAUACAUCAAAGAUUGCAUGUUAUUUCAGAGUUAAAGGAAAUCUAAGUGAAGUACACUGGUUGGUCAGUAACAGAAUAGAAUUUUCUGUUAGCGGACACUUACAUUUUGUUCUCCUCUUUCGGUCAUAGGUGAACCUAAAAAAGAUAAGUGUUAAAAAAAAAAUGAAAAAGUCCAGGUAUUUUGUGAUGUUUACAAAAUAGCUUGAAAUGGAUGUGCACUCACAUAUCAAUGAGACAAAGAUCCAUGAGGUUUCUGUGGCUGCUUCCCAACCUAUUCCCAGUUAUAAAGUCUGGCCCUUUUAACAACAGGAAAUAAAUAAUGUACUAAAUCAUAACAUGUUAAAAACAAACAUUUUAAGCGUCUUUAUAUGAUGGUAUUGUGGCACACACAACGUCCACUCUCAACCCAUCCUAACAUAGUGACGUCCAUAAAAAUGUGUCCUGAUUAUCGUCCUGGGGCUUUGAGGAAGGUAGUUAGGGUAUAAAUAUUAACCCUUAUUUCAUUCAAAAUUAAAGAAAAAAAAAACACAUCAGUAACACAGAGCAACACGUUGACCUCUUUUAUUGGGGUCAUGUACAGAGCUGUAAAAAUACUUCUCUGUUUACUGUCUCCUCCAUGUACCGUAAUGGUUUGUUAUAUGUUAAAAGGCCCACAGUCCAUUGUUAUUUCCGUCAGUCAUGUCAUAUGGACAAUGGUGUUUGUGGAUUUUAAAAAGUAACCAAUUAAUAAGAAAGAGACUGGUUUACUCACCUGUUUUUAAGGUAUGCCCAUCAAAGUCUUAUGGUUUUUUUAAGUUCAAUUCAUCCUUGACCUCUGUAAGAACCUGCCAUAUUAAUGUUUUUUUAGUUGUGAAUUUAAGGGGGAUACUUAAUUGAAUGAAAAUACUGUACUGUAUAGUUGCGAUCUACAAAACAAAAACACUUGGGGGCACUGUACGCACCAUAACCACUACAGCUUAUUUUAUUAUUUAUGGUUCAAAGAGUCUGUGUGCGCUGUCAGCCCUGUUUAGUGAUUAUUGGCAAAAACUGAGGCUUUCCAGGUGUUUAAACUACUUUGCUUGCCACUUGGCUAACAGUGAACUAAACUUCCACAUUACCCAGUCCUUCUUUAGGCAGCAAUGACCGUCUGAGAGAGCUGGGAUGGGUGUCAUGCUUUGAGUGUCCCUUUAAUACAUAGUUUAUUCAGUGGAUUUUUGAUAAUUUUUUUUAAAGUCAAAUUUAUUUUUUAUUAGAACAAACCAUAUCACCCAAUUAAUGAUUUUUAGCAAAAUUUAAUUUUUUGCAAAUAAUUAAAUUGAACCCCUCUGACAAGCCAAGUGUUAUGCCAUUUUCAGGUAGAACAGGCGUCAUAACUUGGUUGUGUUUUUUUUUUUUAAUUUAAUUUAAAAAGUGUUUAACUAAGAAGAAUAAGUAAAGAUUGUUCUUGCCUUCAGGCAUGCCCCAAAUAGCUUGGACAAUGCAGGGUUUAGCAUUUAAACAGAAUUGUAUUUCAGAUAAUUCAGAGUGUUCUUCUCUAGGCAGUGUAGGUGUUAAUAGAGCAUUGACGUGUAUGUAGCGCUGACAUGUAUAUGUUAGGAUAUGCAUACACUUCCAGUUAAAUGUUCAGGGUCAUUGACCUGACACACAGUUCUGCUUACAUUCCUCCUGCGCUGGGUGCAUGGAGGCGUCUGGGCAGAGCAAUGUGUAAAGCAGAAGGUGAGCUGGAGCAGAGUCCCACAUCCAGCUUGGCUGCCGAGCUACACGUUCCAGCUCUCAGAGCGCUGACCCCAGCAGUGAGAUGUGCAAUCCAUGCUUUCCACAGUGCUGCGUAAGUAACCCCUCCACUUCCAGGGAGGAGAGGAUAUUCUGCGCUUUAUGGUAUUGUUUCCAAAAUCUCUCUGAACUUUAUUAUAAUUUUUUUUAUAUAUAUUUAUUUGCAUGUUGCAAGACCAUUGGUAACCGUCUUUUUUUUAAGUAAAAAUUGAGUUUGUCGUAGCUGAAAGCGCACUGUAUCCUGUGUGUCAAAUUUCUAAUAUGAUAUGGUGAAAGGUCUCCCCCUGCCCAACCUAUCUUCCUAUUGUGUUGCAUAGAGAAGCCCGCAGCGUUCUCAGAGUUGGGAAUCACUUGACAGGUCACGUGACACUGAACCACAAGUUUUAAAGAUGGAGUUCUGCUUAGGAGUAUUGAAAAGUUGUUGACAUUAUUUCAAAGUCCAUGCACACAGUAACUGGCAUGUUCACUAAAAAUGUAACGUCACCUUUAGGCUAAAGUAGCUAGGCUAUGGCACAUUUUUUACCUGAAGUUUGCAGGUUGCUUUUCAAUUCAGUACAGAUCAAUGUUUAGUGAAUAAUCCCCUAAGAAUAACUGUAGCGUGAUAAAUCAUCAGUAAAUCAUCAGUGUAAUGAUUGCAGUUAGUGUUUCUUAGGAAGGAUAGUUUGGAAGUAAUCUUGGAAUCUAUUGCAUUUGUCCUGCUUUUUGCAAGUUGGUUUCCGGCUCACCUAUAUAUACGCACUGUUUAGCUCUGUUUGUUAUAUAAUGUCGUUUUGCUGGCUAUAUAUUAAAACCCUAUGUAAAACUUGCUCGGAGAGAGACAUUUGGGCAUCUGUUUGUUUAUAUUUCUCUAAUUUGUGAUCUACAUGACAAACCUAGAUUUUGUGUUAACCUUUAUGUGAAGUUCUGUUUUUCUUUUAAUUUUUAAUUUUAAGAUUUUCGCAAAUGGCAAUCCAGUUAAGUCUUGGCGCUGCCAGUGUGCACAUUGCAAGUGGAGAUGGAAAGGGCUACAAUGAUUGACUUCUAUUUUCUAUAAAUUUUCACACCUCACCAAUACAUUUGUUAAAUAUAGGGUGAAAGAAAACAUAUUAUUAAAAAUCAUGGGAAAUGUCAGUUUGCUAUUAAAGGACCACUCUAGGCACCCAGACCACUUCAGCUUAAUGAAGUGGUCUGGGUGCCUGGUCCAGCUAGGGUUAACCCAUUUUUUUUAUAAACAUAGCAGUUUCAGAGAAACUGCUAUAUUUAUGAAUGGGUUAAGCCUUCCCCCUAAUCCUCUAGUGGCUGUCUCAUUGACAGCCACUAGAGGCGCUUGCGUGAUUCUCACUGUGAUUUUCACAGGGCACUGUUGUUUUCCUGGCACUAUAGUGGUCCUUUAAGCAUCGACAGCCCCACAAUAGUCCGUUGCCCAAGAAUUGAUUUUGGUAAUGCAGAAUUAGGAUCUCUUUAUUGAUAUCUGUGAAGAGGGGGCACGACCGCAGGGACCAAAGUGACUCAGGUAAGUGUCAAAAGUUUGAAUACAGUUGAACUGUUCAAGAGACACUCCAGCCCCCCAAAAGCACCAAGUUCUUUAAGGGUUAAUUAUGUGUUCCCUCUAGUUUAUUAUAUAACCGUUUCUGUGUUCCAGUGCUGGUCUGGGAGAAGCAUCUGAUUGACUUUGUAAAGAGUAGUAUAGUGAGUUUGAAGGGACAAGCAAUGUACCCUAAAUGAGUGAUCCCUACCUUUCUCCAUGGGAGCACAUCAUUUGCAUCUUUGUAAGAAAACAGACAAAAAAGAGGGGAUAGUAAAUAACAAGUGAGCUCCACUGUGUUUUACUUGCAGGGUUAUCCAAAUAACCUCUAUCUCAACCGGAAUAGUGACCAUUUGUAAAGAUGGUUUUAACCCUUCCCCCUCCAAUGUAUAGAUUUACUGGAUGUCUUCUCCUACACGACUGUGCUGAGAUGGAAUAGAAUUAAGUGUAGUGUAAAGUGAGAAUGCCCGUCUUUUUUUAGUCUUUGCAAUAAACAUUUGUUUUAUCUGGUAUGACCGUAUAUUUUCUGAAAGCUGUUGCUAUUUUAGUUUAGCAGAUAAACCUUUUCAGUUUUAUUUUCUGUGCUAUGGAGAAUCGAGGGACUUGCUCCCUCUGAUCUAAACUGCAUUAAGGAGAUGCACUGAUAGCCCCUUUAGCUGAGGGGUUCUGUCUUUUGGUCAGCAAUGUGAUAAUGGUAUGAAUUGCCCAACCUGUAUUUGUUUUUCUCAUCUGAUAUUGUACUUCUUCUAUUUAAAUUUCUUCUUUUUACACGUUGCUACUCUCUCACAUAAAAUAUACAUGGAUUUUCCCUUUAAAAAGCUACACCGUAGGGAUAUCUAGCACUUCUCCCACAUAAUACCCCGCAAGGGUUGGGAUUUUGCUUUUGGAGCUGCACAGCAUUUUGGCAGCUCACAAGUUAAUCUCACUGCCCUAUUUUAGGAUCAUAAAACAUGCCUCGUUUUCUGAUUAAUCGGUAGGCAUUGAGGAAACACAAGGAUCAGAAUGUCUCCACAGACUAACAGAAAGCUGGCCGAAUGACAACCGUCUUCCACAGCAAUUGUUCUCAUUUUCUCACACUGUAAACAACCAUAGGAAACUGCCGUCCGUGCCACAGCUAAAAAUCCCCCCCCUUGUCUCAUGGUCGUAAAUAGGUAAAGAACCCAAAGCUCAGCAGGAACACAAGCCGGCCAAUUACAUUUUCUUAAUGACAAAUUUACUGUCUAGCCACACUGUUAAAGAAAUAUGAGGUAUAGGAACACAGUAAGGUCAGCCCAUAAAUGGUUUAUCCUUCAUUUCCUUAUUCUGUCCUAAUUUCCCCAUGACAGACCUCAUGCAAUAUUCUGUCUUGCCCUUAAAGGGAGUGGUCACUUACCAGGAUUUUUUAACAUGUUUUUUCCUUUCCCCCUAUAAUGAGCAACUACAUUUGUGUAAGGUCUAAAAGAAAACAAAAAUAAAAUGUAGGUAUCCACUUUUGUAUUUAUCUUUAUCCUAGAAGUGGGUGCCUCCAUCUUGGUUUCUGGUCAAUCACUUCAAUGCAUUUUGCACUUUUUUGCCAUUUAUAGUUAUUGGAAGAGAAUAAACAAACAGUGGUUCUGUUCCCCUCAUUUGCAUUGUCUGCCCUGACUCUGCCUGGACUAAACUGGAUUCUUAGGUCAUUUGUUAUAUCUUUAAUGUACAUGUAAAAGAAAACUGGGCAUCACUUGAGAAAAAUGUUAGCACGAGUUAUAGGUGAUUUUUAAUGUUUUAUUCAGUGUUAUAAAUUCUCUGGUUUUGCAGUGUUGUGCUUGACACAUUUAACUGUGGGGUUUAUUUAAAGGGACACUAAAGGCAUUCAGACCACGUCAUCUUAAUGCAGUACCCCUGUUAUUUUAACCUUGCAAUGUAAACUUUGUUGUUUUGUAGAAAAGGCAAGUGUUUUCAUUGCAGGUUUAACAGACCUCUAGUGAUUGUCUUCCUGGUUGACUCAGUUAUACAAUUAAGUGCUUCUCAUAGGAAAUGGUUGAUUGGUGCAGCACGUUUGCUGCCGCUAGCCUCUCAAUGCUUCUCUAAAGGGAAUUAUAGGAUUGACUGAGAGCAUUAAGAUUGAUGAUCUCAGGGGGGCAUACAUAGGUUGGGUAACACUAAAAUGUAUAUAAUUAUCUUAUCCAUACUGAACGAUCACCACACAGGUAGGGAGGAGAGACUAUCUCUGUAUUAGUAUCUGUCUGUUUCAAGGAGAUGUAAAUAGAUCGCAGAGGCUGUUUAGGCAAGGAGAGAGCAGCAUUGAUCUGAAGCCAGCAAAAUGCUUCUUUCAAGAGAUUUUGAGAUGGUUUAAGACUUUUGGCUUCGUUGCACAAGCCUUUUAUCAGGUACAAGAACUGUAUUGUGUUGCUGCACAAAACUGGCACUCUACCAGAAUUAGUGUGUUACUGCAGAAUCUCAAUGGGGGCAUUUAAGUUUGGUGUAAGUUUGCUAGGUUUUUUUUUUGUUGUUUUUUUUUUUUUUAACUGGUGCACACCUAUGUGAAUUGUUAUGCUAAAAAAGCUGGCUCUGUUUAGUAAAAGGUUUGUUAACCCACAGGGGUUAUAGUGUCCAGAACCUAGGCUGAAAUGUACAUUGUACUUUUAUGUUGCAGUUUGAGUAACUAAGGGGUAAAUCAUAAGGGCCUGAACCUUACACAUCAAACAGAAAAGAUUGACAGAUCAAUAUUGACAGCAGUUCUGAAGGCUAUUACAUGUCAGGGCAGGAUACAGGAGAUCAGUUAUCUCAUGAUCAAAGAAAACAGCAUGGGGGAUGAAAUUAGCACAGAGAGACCUGUGAGAUAUGGCUUGCAUACCGUCUUUUUUGAUACAGCAUUCGUAGACUAUACAUGCAAGCCGUUUGCCAAAAUGUUAAAACAAACAGGUUAUUCAAAACUAAAGCCUCCAUACAGGCUGUUAAAACAUCAGAAUCACUUUCAUAAUGUGUAUAAUAAAUCUGUAGGUAAAAGUGUGUGUUUAUGUGAGCAGGGUUGGACAUUACCAGCCCAAACUCCCGUGACUGGUAUGAAGAUCUAGCCGAUGAGUAGAACAAUCAGGUUUUCUCUCUCUCGUUCUUCACACAUUUUGAGUGAUCUACCAAUGCUGUCCGGUGUGUGCUCUUUGCAAAUGCACCAGCUGUGGCAGAGUUAAUGCAGGUAGUUCCGGUGAGAAUAGCUAAUACUGCUCAGUGUUCAACCCUAAAACCCCUCACUUAGACAGAAAGAAGUGCCUUAGCAAGGCUGAGAGGGCAGUAGCUAUCACAGAUGCACUCUGUGUGACUUGUAAACAUUUACGUACUCCGUACUCAGCAUCUCUGGUCCUUUGCACUGCAUGUGGCCUUAGAAUGAGGGAUUUUGUUAUAACACGCUGCACAUACUCAUUUUAACCCUUUUGCCACCAGAGGUGUACUUCACCUCCAGCAGCAUUAUUAGCCAACUUAGAACAAGAGUUUAUCAGCGGACACUCCCAGCCAAUGAAUAAGCGGCAGGAUUGGAUGUCGUAAGCCCGACGGGACCCAGAAAAGAGGGUAACCCAUUGUAAGACAGUCUGUCCCAUUACCGAGGAAUGGCACCAGGGUACUCCUAGCAUCAUAACCACUACAGUGGGGUCCGGUGGUUAGAGUAACCUUUGGGUAGCAGGGAAAUACUCUGUCAGCAAAACCCCCACUACAUGACUGCCAUUAUCGAAUCUCAUCAAUAUAGAUUGGUAAGCAAGCAGUAGCUGAGAUAGAGACAUAAAGGAAGAAGUAGUCAAGGCACAAAUCUAUGUGUUUCACAAUAUUACAGUCAUUGAGCUUAAUGACUUUGUGCAGUCAGAUGGUUCUCAUAGAGAGACAUUAAGGACACACUGCACAUGCGUGACAAUUGCUGCAAUUUUCCAAUCCAGUGCUUUUCUAUGAGAAGCAUUAAAUCCAGUACUUCUCACGCUAUGCAUGCUGCUGCCAGGCGUCAAAUUAACUUGAUAAUUAUAUCUCGUUCAGUCCGGAAACUCUAGUGGAUUUCUAUCUAACAGCCUCUAUUAGGCUUGGAAACCUGUACAGCAGCUCCUAUGCACCCAAAUCACUUCAUUAAAAUAGUUAUUUCCGUGCUUGGACUGCCCCUUUAAGGUCAGUUUUAUGUGUAAAAUGCAUUCAGUGUCUCUUGAGAUACCAGGUAGAGAUUGGAGAUCAAGGGCUCCUUAUUUAUAGAAAGGAGGGAGGUGAGCAUAGUGGGAGCACCCUUCUUCCACUCAUCAUCCGAAGCACGAAGGCCGGCCCUGUGGGUUAGGAAAGUUCUUCUGUGGCUUCUAAACUUUAGUGAACUUUUUUCCAGCUGUCAUAAUGAAGUUCUUCUCUUUUCAGCACACUAGCUGUUAAAGUGACUGGCUAAGCAUCAUGGGAAGUAUAGUUUACAGCAACUAAAGUGCCAAAGGUUAGCCAACACUGUUUUAUGGCAUUGUAUGCUGGUUCCAGGAAUGCCAUGCAACAGCAAGAAAUCACCAAAGCUAUUUGGAAUGUGACAAAAAGUAUUUGUAUGCAGAUAUGAUCACUUAAUCAAAAACCUCUGUCUUAGGGUAGUCCAGCUCUGAAUACUAGCAGUAUGUCUUGCACUGUAUAGCUGUGAUAUUAAGCAGUCAGGGCCUUACCUAGUCACAUAUUGUCUCAAAGUGAAAUCUGGCACAUUCUGGGGUUUAUGUCUGUGAUAGGUAUUGCCAAGUGGUGAUGUGCAGAAUGAUUUCAGACACCGAUAUGGUUGGAAUUUGGUUUCACUUUCAGGAUCCAGUGCAUCAUAAAGAAAGUAGGAUUGUGGUUUCCAUUAACUCUGGGAAUGCCAUGGGACCAGCAGCUGAUUGUGGUGUUGAUAGAUCUGACAAUUAAAGUGUUAAUGUAAGAGGCGACUACUUUAUACUUCCCAGGGUGGAAGGAGUAAGCUUGUGACGUUAAAUUUAACCCUCGGAGUGCUAGACAUUUAUCCAUUCACUGGUAGUAAAAGUUAUUUUGGUUCUUUGUGUUCGUUUUCUCCUUCUACGAUAGUCAUCCUUUUAAUAAGACGAACAGAAAGACUUCUAAACAACAAGAAUGCAACCCGGUAGUUGCCUGUUAAAUUUAUGCCAAAGUAAGAUCUAGAACUAUUGAAUGCUCUUUCAUGAAUUGUCCCCUUAGGAACCACAGCACAACUUUCGAGAAGCAGAUAAGGUAAUUUGCAUCUAAAUGUCUUUUUCGACAAAAUGACAUACUUUUUUUUUUCUCAUUGACAAAAAUAUAGUUUUCACAUCGGAGCUGUAUGCUUGAUUCAAUAACAGGAUCAUAUAUAAAACACUGAUAUUAAAGCCAGAUUUCAUUGGAAUCCACUAGGCAGGGAAGGGUUAAACUAAGGUCUGGUUCCUAUCUGGGUCGGAAUGGUUAAUGAUCCGGCAAUAUAAUGAUGGUUGAGCAUAGAAUCCCCUAUAAACAUUGGGUGUUUACAGUACAAUGCACAUCCAUAAAACCUCAUUUUACGAGGAGAAUAAGUGCAGAGAACUGUGAAUGUACUAAGGAAAAACAUUGAGUUGUAGAUGAAAGUGUUUCCGUCAUAGAUUAAUACUUUAAUUAAUUGUAAAUGUGCCUGUGAUGACUGUUUAGGAUAUAUGACCUUCUAUUUACACUCUGGUCUAAUAUUUGGAUCAUCUGGAAUGCACUCCUGGCACCAUAACCACUGAAUGUUACUUUAAUAGAUAUAUGUGUGUUCUAGAGCUGGUCAUCCUUGAUGAUGGUGUUCAGUAGGAAUACUCAAGGUGACUGUGAUGUCAGAGUAUGGUCUCUUACAGGUGACUGCAAAUAUCUGUUGGAUAGGCAGAGGGAUAUGUCUUGUCACACCAUCAGAAGUCCAAGGGUUAAAUGCUUGAGUCCCCAUAGCUGAGAUAUCUCUGGCAGAUUAAUGUGGUAAAACAUGUCCCAUUGUCAUCACCCAUCUCUGCUGACUAUGCAGAACGCUGCUGUCCCUGAAAUCAAUGUAUAGAACUGAGUUCUAAUCAUUCUGUGCUCUUCUUCAGUCUGACAACUUUAUCUGCAUUUGGGCUGCUGGCGUCGCACCUUGCUGUGCUGCUGUGUCAUUUAACACCUCCUGUGCAGGCAGGAUAUUCUCCCAUUCUGGAUUUACAGGAUAUAUAAACUCCAAAUUCUUGUCUACAUCCUUGAGAGUUGGAGGUUUAAUUCAGAAUCUACACUAUGUUUGUUUGUUUUUGUCAAUCCAAGUUUAUUGACAUUGAUAGAAGAAAGUAAACACAAAUUGACAACUGAGCAAUCAUAACAGUCCGUUACACUUGCUUGAACAAUAGUCAGUGAGACUCUCACAGCACAUGGUCCAAUCCUGCUAACUCUUUAAUGUUGGAGUCAAGGCAGGCCUCAGGCCCAUGAACCCCCUCUAUGAAAUGUAGGACUGGCAUUGCCAACUUAUUUCUCAUUAUCAUUUGAUAUUAUGUGGCUCUUCCUGUCUCCCACCUCCUUUGCAUGUCUCUUUCUAUCACCCCUACCUCCCCCAAAUCCUGUACAUGUCUCUUUAUCCCCCCCCCCCACCUCCUUUACAUGGCUCUUCCUGUCCCUCCCCCAUACCUCCUUUACAUGGAUCUUUCUGUCCCCAACUCUUUCAAUAUGUUUCCUUACCUUUUGUAGCAUUACCGAUCUUCAUGAUGGAUGGUAGCCCUGGCUGUUCCUUCCCUUCAGUGUUGGAACAUAUCUGCAGAGAACAGUAAGGUACAAUGUGUGUAUUGGGAGAGCCAGGCAAAACGUUAUAGUGUGCCUUUGCCUCUCAGCUUUACUCACACUGUUCAUACGACAGUACAAGUAACUGCUCAGUGCCUCAAACUGUGACAGCAGAGUGUCUCACUGCAGCACUCUGGGCUCUGUGGCAGCACUCUCCGAGUCUCCGAUACCCCCAAGGCCUGCCCUGGCAUCAAUCUGAUGACUCAUAACCUCUACAGAAAUACUUUUUAAAUAUAUUUUGUAAUAAUGUUUUAUUUGAAUAUUUUACAAGCUGUUAAACGGUGAGCAGGGCUUAGAGAGAAUAAUAUUUACCGAUAUUGGUGCUAAUUGCCUUAAUUACAUUUCUCUACAUUCCAGAAUUUCUCAGAAUAUUUAACACAAGUGACGGUGGUCUAAGUUAUACAUUUUUUGCACCCAUUUUAGCAUUACAUUUUAACAGUCCCGUGACUGAGGUAUUUGUACAGCGAUCGUUAUUACAUACAUUCUCACACAUCUGUUGUGCAUGUGGUCACAGGCUUAAAGGAGCAGUAAGACAAACUGCCUUUGAUGAGAUAGCAUUCCUUAAUAACCAUGUAGUGCCAGGAAAAUGAGUGUUUUCCUGGCACUAUAGUACUCCUUUAAGCACUAGAUGAGAAUGAAACCAUAUCUUCUGUGAAGCUUAGGCAGGAGCUCUAUUUAUUGUAGCUCACUAAUGGAACUGUGGCCGACUGCUGGAACGCAUGUCUCAUAAACCUAUGUGACCUGAAAUGUGUUAAUAGACAAGGUAUUUAGUAUUUCUCAAAUUUUGACUCUAUGUUCGUUUCUCUUACUAUGAAAUGAUGUGAUUUUCAAUAAGGGCCUCUGUGGGACUAGGCUUGUUAUUUUAAUUCUUUUUUUCCCCCAUAUUUAAAAUUAAAUUAAAACAUAAAACCCACUUUGUUUAAAAUGUUCACAUCCAAUACAAUUUGAUCUUUGGGUUAUUAUAUGAUCAUUCUGAUUGUAUGACUUUUUGGCAUAUCUAUGCAAGCCUUUAGGUAUCAGAAAUCAUUUGCAUCCAGAUGUCUUCUUGAUAUAGAGAAACAUGAGAAAAUAUUUUACAAAAGCUAACUUUUGUGUAAUGCAGAGUAUUGUCGUAUAUCACCACAAGGUCAAAUACAGGACUCAAUUUCAAUAAAAUGGCCCCAGGUGAACAAUGUUUUAUCACAACGUUGCAAUCCGUGGCUGGAAGCAUAUUUCUCUGACUCAGAACUGGUUUGCAAAGCUUUCUUUUUAUAUUUGCAAGUUAUCUUUUGGGGCCAAAAUUCCCUUGAUCAGGUUUUUUUGCAGUUAAGAGUGAGCGAUUACAGAAAGCACUCUGUAGACAGGGCAGGCCUUUAUCAUGCAUUCCAAGACUUGCUGUGUAAUGUAAUGCUUCCAAUCUUCAUAGAUUAAAAUGCUGUUUUACUGAUUACCAUCGUUACCCUUUAUUUAAUUAACAAAGGAUUAAGAAUUGCAGCCCCAGAAGCAGGCUUAGAAAUCUGGGAGUUGAAGUCCGACAAACUAGAAAACCACUUGUGGACAUUCUUGCCUAGUAAAUUUUAUCAAACAUGAAUGACAUUGAUAGGCUACAUGUACUGGACUAUCCUAAUGAGAGAGGGAGGGGUCCUAUGUAGCGCUAGGGACAGGGACACUAGCGUUAGUAGUACAAUUUGUUUUGUUUUUUGUAAUUCUGGACCCAUCAGUGUAUAUAUUUAGUAAGCGGAGAUUCCAAUACAUUUUGGAGAGUGAUAGUUGUUUCCGAUUUACUAAAACUGUGUGCGUAGCAAUUAUUUAUUCUUCACUACAGGUAGAUUUUAAUGUUAAUAAUGGUUAAGUAUGAACUCAUUUACAGAGUAAGUAUGUAGAGCCUUGUGUCAGUUUGUGUGUCGUAUUUCACACUGAUGUGUCCCAUUUAAAUCCCAUAAAUUCCAGCAAAUGAAAACCAGCCUGGCUCUAAUAAAGGAGGUUUCACACAGUGUCACUAGUGCAUCAGAGGAAAAUGGGCGACAGUCCGUGUUUGUGACUCUAUAAAUUGCAAUCUUGGUUCUUUGGGCUAGGUGCACUCACCAUCCUAGGGUUUAUCAGUCACUAGGGAUUGUAGAUGAUCUUGAAACUGUAACAGCAAUUAAACCCGCCAUAUUUCGAUGGUUUAAGAUACAUUAACUACUGUACUCAUAUCCUCCCUCUUCUGGAGUGUUGUAAUAUCCUUUACUCACUGCUGUGCUGUCAAGGUGUCAUUCAAAGCAUGAUCUCUAGCGUGUGUUGUUUAAAAGAAAACUCUCUGGAUUAUUUACUAAAGUGAAUUUUGGGUUUAAGGCCUGAAUAGCCAAAGUAAAAUGCAUAGCUGACUUUUUCCAGUUUGGCUAUUUUGACUCUAAAUUUGAUUCACUUUGAAUUCUCACCUUAGUGAAUAUCCCUAGUUGUGCUACAAGGGUAAUUUCUCUGAUCCAGAAGUUGCAUUUUUUAUAAAAAUGUUGAUUUCCAGAGAAAUAUCACAAUGAUGUGUCUUAUUUACACAGACAGAUUGUUAAGCACAUGUAUUGUAGUUUAAAGACACAUUAGUGCUGGUAUGACUGCUGUGGGCUUUUUGGUAUAAAUGAUUGGCCCAUGAGUUGUCCACAAGGCUUGCAAGUUAAAAUCCUCUGAUCAGACACUGUCCAGAACAGAUUAGAGAUGUAGGUAAAGGAGAGUGUACAGUAAAUGCAUAAAUUAGUUUAGCAGCUAAUAUAAUGUAGCAAUUUUUUAAAUGCCCCCUAUCACCUCCCUCCCCUCUCCAUCCCCCCAAAAAAAAGUUUUUUUUGUUUUAACCCCUUUAAAGCUGUGCAUUGGUGAAGAGGUUUUAAACAUUUUUCCCCCAUGAAUUGUAUUUGAUGGAAAACUGCAUGCCCUAUAAUCCAAUGUGUAUGAGCAAAUUCUUAAUACAUUUUUAUAAAGGGGCCACCAUUUGUCAAGGAAAGGACUUUGAUAAAGCCUGCUCUGUGUGAUAUAUCCCAUCUCUCGCAUUGUAACAGUAUAUCAAAGGCCAAAACCUGGAGAUCUGUCUGCAUCAUAUACCUGCUUAAAGGACCACUCUAGGCACCCAGACCACUUCAGCUUAAUGAAGUGGUCUGGGUGCCAGGUCCAGCUAGGGUUAACCCAUUCUUUUAUAAACAUAGCAGUUUCAGAGAAACUGCUAUGUUUAUGAAUGGGUUAAGCCUUCCCCCUAAUCCUCUAGUGGCUGUCUCAUUGACAGCCGCUAGAGGCGCUUGCGUGCUUCUCACUGUGAUUUUCACAGUGAGAGCACGCCAGCAUCCAUAGGAAAGCAUUGUAAAUGCUUUCCUAUGCGACCAGCUGAAUGCGCGCGCAGCCAGCCGAUGGGGAGGAUCGGAGGAGGAGAGCUCCCCGCCCAGUGUUGGAAAAAGGUAAGUUUUAACCCUUUUCCCCUUUCCAGAGCUGGACGGGAGGGGGACCCUGAGGGUGGGGGCACCCUCAGGGCACUAUGGUGCCAGGAAAACGAGUAUGUUUUCCUGGCACUAUAGUGGUCCUUUAAUUUAACACAGCUCAUCCCCUCCCCAUCCAGAGGCUGGGGCACAUUUCUCCAUUCAUUCUCUGCACAAAUCAUGUACAUUCCCGGUGCCCUGCUCUCCAUUUUUUUUUCCUUCAUUUGUUUGUGUUUCAGUGUCAGAAAUGCCUGAUUCUAAGACAAGGGAUUACUGUGUGUAUGAAAAAGAGGUGAAGUGGAUUCCCCUGUACAUCAUAAAGAACAUUCUGUUAAUAAAAGGAUCAAAGCAGCUCUUUCUUUGACUGUAAUGUCUGUGAAAAGCAUUCAUUUUGAAAGGAAAUAUGUGUCUCCUCCUGAGGGAAUCUUUAUAAAAGAGAUUUGCUGUAUUAGAGAUUUCACCCAUUUCAGACACAUUUAGAGAGAAUUUUUCACAUGAUCUGUGAUUAUACUGCCGGGUCUGUGAUAAAUUCUAUCAAAGUAAGCUCCAGUGCCUGCUAAGAAAUAGGGAUACACUGGAAGACCAGCACAAUGCUUUGCGGAUUCUAAACAAAUCAGGUUUCUGUUUGAAUUGUACAGAGUGCAUCCGCGCCAGCCAGCAGUCACUACAUUUAGAUUAAGCCUGUUUUCACCUAUAUUUUGCUCAUUUUAUGCCGUGAUGUUAGAAAAAGUGUCCCUCAGCCAGAAACAUUUAAAGCUUUUAUUCUUAACCCUCCCACUCAUUUUGUGAAGGACUGACAGGGUGGAUUUUGCCAGUCCCUCUGUGGUAAGAUGACCCUCCGUAUUUAUUCUAAUUUACGAAUUGUUCGUUCUUGAGCGGCUUGAGCUAUGUUGAGGCAUUUGGGGCUGAUAUAAUCAGUUUCAGAGAGGAGCCAACUGGGCAGGAUCCUGAUACAGAUUGUGAGCUCACUGUGCAUUCUUGGGCAAACGUAUAACCCUAACGCUUUAGUGUCCCUGUCCAUAAUUAUGGAGCCCCCUCGUCCCCAUUUGUGUGCUGCUUACCUCUCCUCCAUAACAUGGCCUCCUCCAGCCUGGUCCAACCCAAUGCUCCUACACACAUUCAAGUUCCCACUUUGGAAUGCAUUGACUCAAUGUUGUCCUAUGGUGGCUUCUGCAUCACUUGAGUAUUACUGUGUCUGUGCGGUGGAAGCAUAACAGCCACUGGAGGUGUGUGUUAAUCUUCAAGGCAAACAUUGCCACGUCUGCAAAACACCAAUGCUUUACAUUGACUGGUUAAAUUGACAGGACCAUUGAGAUGAAGUGGCCUGUGUGGCUUUAGAGAUUCACAAUUUCAGCAUGAUGCAUCUCCAUUUAAUCUGUCUAUAGCAAAUUAUGAAACAUUCUUUAACAGUAUACUGGCAAUUAAAGGACCACUCUAGGCACCCAAACCACUUCAGCUUAAUGAAGUGGUCUGGGUGCCAGGUCCCUCUAGGAAUAACCCCUUUUUUUAAAUAAACCUAGCAGUUUCAGAGAAACUGCUUGGUUUAUAAAUGGGUUAAUCCAGCCUCUAAAGCCUCUAGUGGCUGUCUCAUUGACAGCCGCUAGAGGCGUUUGCGUGCUUCUCACUGUGGAAAUCACAGUGAGAAGACGCCAGCGUCCAUAGGAAAGCAUUGCGCUGCUCCUGCCGCGCAUGCGCAUUCAGCUGAAGAGGAGGAUCGGAGGCGGAGAGGAGAGGAGGAGGAGAGCUCCCCGCCCGGCGCUGGAAAAAAGGUAAGUUUUAACCCUUUCCUCUCCCAGAGCCCGACAGGAGUGGGACCCUGAGGGUGGGGGCACCCUCAGGGCACUAUAGUGCCAGGAAAACGAGUAUGUUUUCCUGGCACUAUAGUGGUCCUUUAAUGCUGCAGUUUAGUAUUAAAGGACCACUAUAGUGUCAGAAAAAGAAACUCGUUUUCCUGGCACUAUGUAAUCCUUAGAUUCCACCAACCCUCAGGGCCCCCCUCCCUCUGCGCUGGUGACCUCUCCUCCCCCUGCGACGUCGGCUCCCAAGUGGAGUUGAAUGCACAUGCACGGCCAGAGCCACGCGCACAUUAAAAACACCCAUAGGAAAGCAUUUCUCAAUGCUUUCCUAUGCAAUUUUCGCAUUGAGCGUCGGGGAAGUGCGUCUAGCGGCUGUCCGUAAGACAGCCACUAGAGGCUUGAUUAACCCUGCAAUGUAAACAUAGUAGUUGUGAUGUAUUUUAAAACACUAUCUUUAUUCUGAAAUGGACAGAUUCUGAACCUAUACUGCAUUUUACUAACUAUGUGAUUCCCUAGGGGGUAGAAGUUUGUUAGCUAUGUUAUUGGUAUUUUAUAUUUAAAUGUAAACUUUUGGCAAAUAUGCAUUCCUUAUUUUUAGUGCUUUAUACAGAAGAUGCAUUAAUAAAUAUACUUACUUUCAGAGUUUCAGGCUGUGUGUCUAUUAUCCAUACACCAAAUGAACCAGUUGUACAAAAUUGACACAGUCGAAGAGAACGUAAAGGCUCCUUAACAGCAGCCUGGCUUGUAGUUUGCAGAGAAUUUCACAAAUUACCGCAGUUAAAGCCACUCUCAAAUAGAGAGUGGAUGCAGUGUAGUCUUAAAGUGCAAAGUAGUUAUGGUGCUUAGAUUGACCUCUAAUAAUAAACAGAACCCAGAAAUGUUACAUUACCCACAAUGCUCAGCCAGAUGGGCAUUGUGGAAAUGUAGGUCCCAAUCAUCUGAAAUAUCAAGGUUAGUCAUCACUGACCUGUAUGGGAAGAUGCAGACCAACGGGGGAUAGAGAAAUCUCAGGAAUACAUUAUUGCAAUAUGCCGUUCAUAGGUUUAGAGGCAAAUUAUUAACAUUAUAAUGGGAUUCUUGAUUGUGUGACGAAACAAAGAAGUAAUUACGGAGCCUGAGAUUGAGAGCCAUCCGCGUACUCUUAAUAUUCUCCAUUGAAAAUGUUCUAGCUGAGCAGCUCCGGUGACUUUUAUCAUUCACCUCGAGACAUUCAUUUUCCCUGAAACCACAAUAUACGCAGAAUUUAAUGAUAAAAUCUCUGCAUGUCAUUUUUGUUUCAGUGUAAGUGUUUAUGAUAAAAGAGUCACAUUUGAAAACCAAUAUUUUUUUUUCAGAACCUCUCGAAAAGAUUUAGGAAAGAAAACGUGAAACUAUCUUUCUGAAAGGGAGUACAGCUUAAAAUAUAGAUAUUUUCUUUUUGUAAAUUCUUUAUUUUGGUGGUUUUCAGUAUUGUAAAGAGGUUGGGGUACAGAAUAAAGAUAAGGGGUGGGGUAGCAAACGUAGUUACAUUGGAGUUUGGUAGCUUAGUACAUUGUAGGUUACAUAGUUUAUUUACAGCAAUUGUAUUUUUGUUUAUAUUGGGACCAGAGUGGUCUACAUCUUGGGUUUUUACCCUCUUCUUGCAUGGGGGGGUUUCCGUUUAUAGAUAUUUUCUUUUUAAAUGGGAUUGGCACUUUUUUACAUUUUAAUAACGAUAACUUGUCUAACUACAAAUAAUGUAGAAUUAAUUCAUGGCUAUAAUCAAUGUAGUGUGGCUGGGGUUUCAUUAAUUUCAGACAUUUGGGGAUUAUCAGAUUCUGUUAUCUUCUGUUCCGAUACUGACCCACAUUUAUUCUUUAUUUAUUUUUUGUCCUGGGAUUAAUCCACAUUUGGCGUUAAAGUUUAUACCUGUAUUUAACCCCUUAAGGUAAAUAUGUAUUUUUACUGACAAUAUCAUCCAUGUACAGGUUUUAUGGUGUCCUAAAAAGUUACAGAGUUAAAUAUAGGGCUUUCAAGCCAAAUUCUCUGGACUUUCAGCCUGGGUUGUCAGGCAGAUCCCUCAAAUUGUAAUUAAUAAAAUGACUUGAUUAUAUAAAUAUAUUUGUACAAUUUAAAUAUAUAUAUAUAUAUAUAUAUAUAUAUGUAUAAUGUCAUUCUAAAUGUAUUUUGAAUUUAAUAUCUAUAUUAAUAUCAAAAUACAGUUAGAAAAAAUUAAAACUGGUUUAAUUUUUUAUACUUUUUAUUUUCAUUUUUUUCAAUUUAUUAUAUAUAAAUUAACAUCAUUCUACGUGUAUUUAAAUAUUUAUAUAUAUAUUAAUAUAGGCUUUUAUUAAUGGUUUAUGUAUGUGUUUGUGCAUAUAAAAUGUAUGUGUUUGUGCAUAUAUAUUUAUGUAUGUAUGAUCCAAGUACUUUUAUUUACUUUAUUAAACUUUUUUUAUUAACUUUUGUAAACUUUAAAAACUUUUUUUGCAGGCAUUAGGGGGACAGCCUGAGAGCUCAGGAUAGUCCCCCUGCAGGCACUGCAUAAGCCGGUUAUUCCGGCCAUGUGAUCGCAAGGACCCUGCGAUCACAUGGCUGGGGGGGGGUCGUGCAGAGGGGGUCUGGGAACGGAGGGGACCAGGUAAGUACAAAGGACGGCGGGGGCGUUCUAUGCCGCCCGCCGGCAUUUAGGACCACCUCAAAAAGGGCAGCAUAAGGAACACUCCAAGCACCAUAACCACCACAGCACCCUUUUAGAACAGUUUGACUUCUCACCUGGAGUCUACCAAGAGGUGUUCACUGCCUAUUCAGCUAGCUGUCUUGAGCUAAGCCCUAAUGUACAGUUUAUUGAUUGAGAACAUCAGCUGAUUGCUCUUGGUAAGUGGGCUUAGCCCAGUACUCCUGGUCUUGGCUCAGGCAGGGAGUGUCUGCUUUCUGUAGGCUGUAGCGGACACCUGGUAAGAAGUCAAACCGUUCUAUUUGACUACUUACGCCUUGGCAAUCUUGACACCAUAACAACUGUACCAUGCUGUAGUGGUUAUGGUGCAUGGAAUGAUUCUUUAAGCAUAUUUAUUAAACCCCAUGAACUAAUUAGGAGAAUCUUGUUUGGGUUUUCACUUAAAGGACCACUAUAGUGCCAGGAAAACAAACUCAUUUUCCUGGCACUAUAGUGCCCUGAGGGUGCCCCCACACUCAGGGUCCCCCUCCUGCUGGGCUGGAUGGAGAGGAAGGGGCUAAACUUACCUCUUUCUCCAGCGCCGGGCAUGGAGCUUUUAACCCUAGCUGGACCAGGCACCCAGACCACCUCAUUAAGCUGAAGUGGUCUGGGUGCCUAUAGUGGUCCUUUAACUGGGAUGGUGGAGAAUUUAUAGCUUGCAGUUCUCUUAGGUACAGUGUUUAGCAAAUAAAAGCAUUCACAUAACUUAAUACAAACCUCCAUUCAGCAUGGCAUAGAUGUCUGGUCUCACAUUCCUAGUUUUUACGGUUAUUUUUAGAAGCGGGAGUGGGGGGCGGACACUAAAAAAAUUUACUUUAACAAACUGAGACAUCUAAGUAAAGGGGGAGAACUAGCCAAUAAAUUUCUUGAAGUAUUGUUGGUUUUUGUAAACCCCAUUCUGAGAAAGGUGUACCAUAGGGACACUGUCUGGUCUCUUCCCAUCACGAUGGUUUUAGUACGACAAAAGGCAGUAUCAAUUGCAUUUACUUUAUUACAUCCCUGCUGAAAAAUCCAACUUCGGCCUGCUUGUAGUAAGCUGGUACAUGAUGGAUAAAUCCACUGACCGUUUUUGGAAAUUCGUCCCUAACUGUAAUGCCAGUUUACCAUACGAUGUGAUGUUUAUGUAGUAAAGUAUUGUGAGCUGUGAUCUCUGUUUGUUACCUGUUUGUGAAUUCCUCCAGUGUCUCUCUGGGUCAAUGUUCAGGACUGUGGGAGACUGUAGCUGUGUUGUGGAAAUCACCACGGGAUAAACUGCAGACUAUAAAUAUCCGUCCGUUCAAUAUGCUGGGCAGUAAUUAAAGUAGUGUAUUCUGCUGUGGGUGGCUCGUGGCAGCUUGUUAGAAUAUUGGUGCUGGCUUGAUGUAUUUUAACUGCCAUUUACACAGUGAUUGAGAAAGUUAAUGCUGAAACUUCCUUUAUUGGCUUGUAGCAAGAACUGAAAAAUAGAUUGUGUUGUCUUCAAGGCAGAAACUAAUUGUCCUUAGAUUAGUCUACUCCUUCUGUGCAGGACCGGCUCCAUGCUUUUCACUAGACAUUUUGUAAGUAUGUGAAGACUGUUGUUACUAAGCACUUAUUCUCAUUUUCUGCAAUUUGUUUCUUGUAAUUGCUGUACUAACAACCGUUCCUGCUAUUUGUGUAGGUGUGGACCGUCUCGCCAAAAUUAGGUACUGUUGUCAACUAGAGAUUGGAUGUUUUUUGGGAGUGUGGCACAGGCUCUGGCGAAUAUUGGCAGCAAAUUCAACAGCCUCUCUGACAAUGUAAGCCGACUUCUGUUUACAUAGCGAAGAAGAAUCUCUGAAUCUAUGUGCAGUCUCCGUAUAUAUGCCAUAUAGUGUAUACCCUUUGGGUGCUACUAUCCACUGAGUGUUAUCUAUGCCUGUCCAGCCACAGCGAUCUCUUGAGCUCACUGCCCCCUACUUUGCUUCGGUUAUUCAAUGCCUCUUGCUGCACUAAAAUGCUUAAAGUACAGCUCUCACUUCUUUAAUAGUUACUGUUGUUCAGCCCCUCACCCCAUCAAACACAAAUGGUGCAUACUGGGGUGAGGAGUGCAGUUAAAGAUGGGUAUAAAACACACUUCCCUCUGACACACUUCCAGUUGUGGGUGACAUUACCACACCACGAUUCUUUAGGCAAGCAUUAAAGGAACACUCAAAGCACCAUAACAACUACAGCAGUCUGCAUGCUUGCAUGUGCCCUUACAGUGACCACAUGCACAACAUCAUGGAGUGUAAAUAACUGUACAUUGUAUGUUUGGCUGUGCUACAACAUCCUGUUAUACCAAAUAAUUUAACAAACCAUUUGUAUUAAAACAAACAUAAUAAUAAAAAAAAAAAAAAAUACAAUCUCCCCAAAAAAUGUAGUUAGUGCAAAAUUAGAAAAUCGACGGUUCCACUUAAAUUAUUAGCUGGGCAAUGCUUACGAUUCAUCUUAGAACUCUGUGUGUGGUUUUAUAAAAGCCAUAUUCUUUAUUUACACACUAUAUUGCAUAUUAUAUAUAAAAUGCACAAUGGCACGAAUUCUUUUAUUCACUUCUUUAAAAACCAAUUUUCAUAUAAUAAAAUGUAAAUAUAUGUAAUAUGGGUCAUCAAUUCUAUACAUUUUGUAACUGCAAAGUCAGCUCCAAGUUAAUAAGGUUACAGUAAAUUAUUGUCUGAGAUUCCCCUGUAGAUCGGUAAAGCGAGUAGUGAAGAGCUCUGUUUUUACACUUAAUUCUGACAUUUUCCUAUUCCCUUUGCUGUGUUUAGAUUUACCACCUCAGCUGGGGGUUAAUGCCCUGAUCCUGUAACUCUUUCUCUGUAGUAAUCCCAGAAUUGGAAAGUUACGGCUUGACCUGUGACCCAGCACUCCUGUCUCUGUAAAAUGAUUCUCUCACAUGUUAAGCUCUGCUGGGGCAAGUGAGCAUUUCUAUUGAAUCCCCCUAUACAUAGCAAGGUCACUGAAAGUCCACUGACACCUAGAACUUCAGCCACGGGACACUGCCAACUAGUGGAACAGAUGCACAGUUGUUUCUAAGUUUAUCAUUACAGCAAAGUAGAGGUGUUUGUUUUUAUUUUGUUUUAGUGUAUAAAAGUGUUAAACAACAUGCUGAAUAAUCAUGCUGAAACAACAUAUUACAGAAUAUAUUUAAUAUCUGAUUCUGAUUUUGUGUAGGAUUGAGGAUAAGCAACUUUACGUGUCUUUAUGGUAACAGAGUAACAUUGACCUUCAUGGCUAGAACAUUGAGAAAUGCAGCAUUCUGUGACCGAAAGGGGUUACUGACUAAUGUUUCACAUUUUAAGUCAAAGUAACCGAACUGGAAACAUGAUUUUUUUCCGGCUAUAUUGGCCUUAAAAUGGAAAUUUGCUUUGCAAUAACUUGGAAUUCCUGACAGCUCAUGAUUUAUUGAAUAAUCCUAAUAACAUGCCAUAAGGAUUAUUUUUUGACCUGAUAAAGGUACAUAGAGACAGACUGGAUUGCUGCAUUGCUUGUGCAAGUUACAAUUUCUCUUUUAAGACAUACAGCAAAUCCUAAAUAAACCCAUGUCCUGCAUCCCGCGGUAACACUCAGACAGCCCUAGCUAGCGAGAGAACACUGCCGAGUUUGAUUCUGGAAUCUCCUGGGGCCCCCUAUUCAUUAUACUACAGUGUCCACAGACACACAUUUAUAUUUAUUUAUAUAUAUAUAUAUUAUAUUUAGUCAUGAGAAAAUGAAAGUACACCCGCUUUGAGUUUUUAUUGCUUCUCAAUUUUGGCUUUAUUUUGGUUAACUCAUGACAUGGUUGUAUUUACCUAAUUUUAAGACCUGCUAAGGAACAGAUGAUUGUUAUUAUGUCCUGAUAUGUAAAACCAUAGAAAUCAAAGAGGGUGUACUUUAUUUUUCCCAUGACUGUAUAUGCACAUUGUACUCCGGGACUGGCAGAGGGGAGAGUGGGUACCGAAGCUGUCAGAUACUUUGUUUUUGGCCUGGUGGCAGCGAAUUACAAGAUCAUAGGGAGACUUUAUCUCCCCGAGCAGUCUGGGUCCCCCUGGACCGCCUUGCCCGGACAACAGUCACUGUGUCACACCCUGAUGGUGGCUCUGGAUGAUCAUUCUGAAUGCCUCCAUCUGCAGAAGAAAGAAGUAUUAACUUUGCGGUGUAAUCUUAUUGUGCCGCUCCCUUAAUUAGAUACAAAGAUUCACUUUUUUAUAUCAUCUACUUUUCCCUCCAGUAAACCAAUUCAAGUCCUCUGCACUGAUUAAUCACUCUCCCCCUAUUGGCUGAGGAGAGGUCACUGCCACCCACAUGGAUUAUAUGACAUUCUGAGUUACCAACUGCUUAUAGUAAAAACCGUGAGGGACUGGAAUCGGGGAAUCUAACAUUAUACUGCAGCCUCUCUUGGCAUUGGGAGAAGCAGUGUUUGGUUCCAUUCAAAUAUUAUUACCAAACAUAUUUCCUAUGUAUUUCACAGAGAGCACUGUCCCAGGGUUAAGAGAUUUCUAAAAAUCAUCCUAAAUUUGCAGUAGAACUCUAUUCUAUCUACUAAACCAUGUCACCUUAUACAGGCAAAUAAUUAUCAUCUGUCACACAUACACUUCUAAAGUCAUCUUUGACUUUCUUCAUGGACAGGAGGAGGAGGGCCUUACAGAUGAUUAGCUGAAUUAUAGAUUUAUCCAGGGAGAUUCUGUGCUAAAGCCAUAGUUUCUCCCUAACCUGUAGUUAUUCAAUAGAAGCAUAGGUAAAGCAUUAACAGACUUAGUUUGGGAAUUUACUUAAAUAGCAUGAGCUGUUUGUGCUACAUGCCGCUUUAACCCCUUCAAGGGAGCCUCGUGCUUCACACUAAAGCUUGUAGACUGCCUCAUUGGUUUUCUUUUCACAGUAAAAGACCCUCCACACGUAAUGUAACUGUAGUAGCAGUAAGAGUUUGGGGCCUGCUGUAUGAUCACUACGGCAUGAUCAGCUGUGAGACAGUGCCGGGUGUCAGAUGGCCUGCACCGACCGUGUCACACACAUUCCCAGAGCGAAAUAAGAGUUUAGUGCUUCAGUCAUUUUCUACUACAUCAAAAAUUACAUUUACAUUUUUUUACCCAUGAACAACUGCAUCCUCGUGACAACAGAUCUCAUCCAAGAAUAAAUCAUUUUACCUUUUUAAAUUAUGAAUUUACACAUACAGUGGGGGAAAAAAAACACAUAAUACAGCUAAAAAGACUUUGUCUUUGUAAAAAUAAUACACCGAAAUCCCAUAGGAUAAAAAUUGUUUAUUGAAUAACGCGGUUACAUUUCAAUCAAAAUAGCCAGGUUGGGAAAAUAAUUUAAUUCAGCAGAGAUUUUUUCCCAACUUGGAUAUUACAGAUUACAUUUUGCCCUAAUAGCUGAUUUGGCUAGUGAAUGACUCACAUUUUGCCUAAAAUGUACUAGUUUAAUUUAUCAAGCUGGUCUUCCAUCAAACCAAUUCCUCCCUUCUAGACGGGCAACAAGGUAAAGAUUUAUAUAUAUUCUUUGAAUAGUUAACAUUUUCUUGUUUUGUUUUGUUUUUUUGUUCGUUAAACCUCACAAUACAUAUGGUUUUAUCUCGCAAAUCUGGCAGAGCAGAAGUUGUAGAAUUGCAACACAUUUUGUCCAACUGUGAGACCAGCAAAACAAACAUGUUUCCUUGUUGUAGAGCAGCACUUAGCAGGGAUAGCCAUAUAUCUCUUUAUUAUGUAACUUGUGACAGGAGUACAGACCUGCAAACCGGAGUGUUCUCUUGGGCAGAGAUUGUGUAAUGUCCGCAUUGGUCGGUGUUCCCAUCUACUCGGCACUCGUUCUGUAAAUUAAACCAAGGUUGAUGGGUAAUUGAAAAGGACACUUAAAAAUGUAUUCUGAGUUGUCUAAUUUUCCAGUCGAUUUGGUGAACAAUAAGUAAAUAAAUAAAAUCUUCAACACACACUGGGUAAGAUUUUAUUCGUGAGUGUUUUCAGUUCACCAGUUCAAGAUUUAGUGAGAAAGAUCUCCAGGUCCAUUCACACUGCAGGGCAUUGUCCUGGACAUUUUACGUGGCUGAAUUGGAAAGAUACUGUUAGGCAGGAUUGGGCUUUGCAAAGUCAUACAGGCUUCCAGUAAAACAGGAGUCUUAUCAAUUUAGCUGCACUCAAAGGGUUAAUGACAAUUCAGCAUGGUCACUUAACAUUGAUGCAUACGAUAUGUAAGGCGAGACUUCUUCCGGUGUAUUCCAGGCAAGGGGAUAGGCUAUACCGGUGCUAAGGAAUUCUAUGUAAUAUUUGAACCUUUUUAGAACCGUAUGACAAAAAUCAGAUAAGCUGCAACCAUAGAGUUUUAUCACAAUAAUACUAUAGCCGCCAUAAGCACUACAAUAAACUGCAGUAGUUAUAUCUUUGCUUUUCGACCACUUUCGAGAAAAAACAUCAGUUAGUGUUUCUGGCUGCAGUUUGCGUGGGCACAGAGUUGGUUUGCUUCCUCUGCAGUGUGUCAGGUCUGCUGUGUGGAGACUGAAGCUGACCUGUUGGGUGACAGGACAACAUUGAGUGAUCUUGCAUAUAAAUAUUUUGAGGACAAUGAAUUAUACAGGUAAAUGGUUGGAUUAGUCUUCCAGACAAGAAGAGGUUAGGAGCAGUAUUCAGCUAGCCAGUAUGCACGGCCCCUAAUAUUACAAGAAAUAAAUCUCAUCAUCUAUGGUAAAGCGCAAGUUUUACUUUUGUUUUUGAGUUUUCCAUAUAAAAUGAUUCAGCUCAGUUCUAAUUAUGCACCUUUCAUAUAAAAGAUACACUUUUCCAGCCGUAUUUCAUUUACUAUAGAAAAAAAAAGCAUGCGUUUACCUUGUACUGAAAAUGCUUGUGCAUUCGGUAAAGAAUGCAGAAUGCUGCAUGUUUAUAAGAACGACGGUAAAAUGCCAUUAUUUGUUCCAGUCAAUUCUGGCCAUGUGGAAAUUCUGUGUUGGAGUCGACAUGCAGAAUGCAGUGUGCAUAAAUUGCCUUAAAAAUAACCCUACCUGGCUAGAUCUUUAUUUAGCUUGAUGUAAGAGCAGUGCCUUCUAAUAAUUGCUGCUCCCUAUCACGUACUGCUCAACAGAACUGCAAAAAUUUGGCAGAUUUAAGGGUCAACCAUUCACGAAGCAGGUGUACACCUCUAUUUA